GAUGAAGUAUUUUUUGUUGCUUUUGUUGUGUUUUGAGAUUCAAAAACGUUAAGAUAGAUGGUGAUGAUCGUCAUCUUCAUCAUCAUCAUGACUCGUCGUUGUUGUUGAGGCUAAGACUGCUCUUGAACAUGUUCCACAGCGAACAUCUGCCGGAGAGAAAAAUAAACACAAACACAAGAGACAUGAAAUAGAAACAAAAUAAGCCGCCUCGGAAAGUAAAUUCCAUUAAGGAAUUUCAGCCAAGCCAACAAUGGAGGCUUCAAAUAAUUGAGUGGGCUGCAAACCAAAUACUCAAAGUCAUCCAACCUCAGCCCUCGAUGAUGAUCAUCAAUAAUAUUUUCUUGCUUCUAAGCCAUAUUCGACCUUUAAGAGAGCAUCAAACAUUUUGCUUAGAGCCAACAUUUCUAUGUUAACUUAACAUUACCACUACCUAGACACCACACACCAACUCCACUGUUAGCCACUCUCCCAGGCUGUUAACGGUUUGAUGGCAACCAAACGGUUGGUUGUUACCAACAUUGCUGGCCAACGUUCAGUUUGUUUUUAGCGCUCGUGCGGUACGGUUGGAUUUUCUGGAAAGCAAAAUCUUUGAUGGUUUUCUUUCCAACUAACACUAGUGUCUUAAGAUCAAACACCAUUUGCUUGAAAAAAGAAAAAAAAAAUAAUAUAACAGAAAAUUUGAGACGGAUCUCGAAUUUGUGAAACUAAAAGAAAUAAUACAAAGGAAUUUUAACUACUAAAAUAAAGUUGCAUGAAAUCUUACUAAUAUUUUGAAAAGAAAAAAAAAUUAACAGCAACAGAAAAAUAUUUCAAUUCAUAAAGUGGCAGAUAAGUGAUAAAAUUUUCUCAAGAAUAAAAGAAGAAGUAUAAAGUGUUUGUUUGUGAACCCACCAGCCAAAAAGAAACACACGCCCAAGAAACGGCCGAGCAAAAGAAUUUUUGUGGAUUUUUUUCUUGUCUCCGUUGUUGGUAUCUAGGCUGCUGUUCAAGCUGGCAAAAAAAGCAUGUACUAAUUUUGGAUUAUUUUCGUUAACAAAAAAUGCAAAAAUGAAAAUAUUUUUGCCACUAGUCACGUGGACAGUACUAAUACUUUCGAGUACGGUACAUUCACAACAACAACAACAAACACAAUAUUUUACACAAACACAAUUAUCGCCAUUUAAGACAAAUUUAAAAAAUAGUCGAUUUCGUAACGAAGUAUUUUUCAUAAAUUUGGAAGAUGGCUAUUUCGGUUGCCAAGUAAAUGCGUCCAGCGACUAUUUACAAUUAUACGAACUAUCGAAAUUAUGCGACGGUUCCCAAGACUGUUAUCUGGGUUCCGAUGAGCUGAGCAAAGAGCUCAAAUGCACAAAUGACUGUGAUAAAGAUGGCACUCAGUGCAUAAAUGGUGUGUGUUUGAAUGGUGUUUGCCAUUGCAACGAUGGCUGGGGUGGUUGCAAUUGUAACGAUCAAGAUGAAAACGAGUGCAAAUCACGUCCCUGUGAUGUAUUUGCCCACUGUACGAAUACACUCGGCAGUUAUACGUGUACCUGUUUUCCAGGCUAUCGUGGUGAUGGUCAUCGUUGUGAAGACAUCGAUGAGUGUCAAGAUCCACAAAUAGCUGCACGUUGCGUUGAAAAUGCCGAAUGUUGCAAUCUACCCGCACACUUUUUGUGUAAAUGUAAAGAUGGCUAUGAAGGCGAUGGUGAAGUUUUGUGUACAGAUAUUGAUGAGUGCCAAAAUCCAAAUGCUUGCGGUCAUAAUGCUCACUGCAUUAACAUGCCCGGCAAUUAUACAUGUACCUGCCCCGAUGGUUUCUAUGGCAAUCCCUAUGACGGUUGUCUGGAUAUCGACGAGUGUGCUCAGCCGAAUGUCUGUGGUCCAAAUGCCAUAUGCACUAACCUGGAGGGCAGUUAUCGCUGCGACUGUCCUACAGGCUAUGAUGGCGAUGGACGCUCAGAGGCCGGUUGUUUGGAUUAUGAUGAAUGUGCACGCUCGCCAUGUGGCCGCAAUGCUCAGUGCCAAAAUACGGAGGGUAGUUUCAAGUGUUUGUGUCCCGAUGGUUAUUCGGGCGAUCCAAUGCACGGUUGUGAAGAUGUCGACGAGUGCUCCAUUAACAAUCCAUGUGGUUUGGGUGCUGAAUGCGUGAAUAUGGGCGGUAGUUUUGCAUGUCGUUGUCCGGCGGGUUUUCAACUCGAGGACUAUGGCUAUGAUACAAAUGACAAAUAUAAUAACAACAAAACAUCUGCCUUGGGCCCAAAGGGUGCCGGCCGAGCUUGCGUAGAUGUGGAUGAGUGUAAUCCCGAUAGUGGCGCAGCCAAAUGUGGCACUAACGCUAAAUGCAUUAAUUUUCCCGGUUCAUAUCGUUGCUUGUGUCCGAACGGUUUUCAAGGCCAAGGCUAUUUACACUGUGAAAAUAUCAAUGAAUGCCAAGACAAUCCCUGUGGUGAAAAUGCCAUUUGCACUGACACCAUUGGUAGUUUUGUCUGCUCCUGUAAACCUGAAUUUACCGGUGAUCCCUUCCGCGGUUGCAUUGACAUCGACGAAUGUUCGACCAUGGAAAAACCCUGUGGUCCCCAUGCCAUUUGUGAAAAUAAACAACCCGGUUAUGAGUGUUCGUGUCCCCAAGGAUUUGCCGGGAAACCGGAUGCCAAGACAGCCUGUGAACAGGUUGAUGUCAAUAUCCAAUGUUCGACGAAUUUCGAUUGUACCAACAAUGCCGAGUGUAUUGAGAAUCAAUGCUUCUGCUUGGAUGGAUUUGAGCCCAUGGGCUCCAGUUGUGUGGACAUUGAUGAGUGUCGCACCCAUGCUGGUGUUUGUGGGGAGCAUGCCCAGUGUAUCAAUACCCCCGGAUCGUAUAGAUGUGAUUGUGAGGCUGGCUAUGUGGGUACACCGCCACGUGUUAUGUGUAAGGAACCCUGUGCCGAUGUCCAUUGCGGCGAGCAUGCCUAUUGCAAGCCCGAUGGCAACGAAGCCUAUUGCAUCUGUGAAGAUGGCUGGACAUUUAACCCGAGCGAUGUUGCUGCCGGCUGUGUGGAUAUCGAUGAAUGUGAUACGGGCGUACAUGGUCCCUUCGGCAGUUGUGGCACCAAUGCCACUUGCACAAAUACCUUGGGUAGCUAUUCCUGCUCUUGCCCUUCAGGCUUCUCGGGAGAUCCCCACACCAAAUGUGUGGAUGUUGAUGAAUGUCGCAGUGGCAAUAAGUGUGGCGAUAGAGCCGAGUGUAUCAACAUGAACGGUGGCUUUACCUGCAGAUGUCCCGAUGACUCCAUACCAGAUCCAGAUCCCACUGUCCGGUGUGUACCCAUUGUCACCUGUAAUUUGGACAAUGAUUGUCCCGGCAAUGCCAUUUGUGAUCCGGCCAAGAGAUGUUUGUGCCCCGAACCAAAUGUGGGCAAUGAAUGCCGUCAUCCUUGUGAAUUUAAGAACUGUGGUGCCCAUGCCCACUGUAUGUUGGUAAAUGGCCAGGCUCAAUGUUUGUGUGCCGAAGGCUUCACGGGUUCACCCGACAUGCCUGGUGGUUGCAAUGAUAUCGACGAAUGUAAGGCCAACCCUUGCGCUGCCAAUGCCAUUUGCUCCAAUACACCGGGUGGCUAUCAAUGCCAAUGCCCAUCGGGUUCCUCUGGCGAUCCCUAUCGUGAAGGUUGUGCCACCACUAGGGCACCCCCCUCGUGUUCGGACUCCAAUCCCUGUGCUCCCGGAGAAUCGUGUGUGGCCGACAGCUAUACAGGCACCAGUGUUUGCAUUUGCCGUCAAGGUUAUGAGCGCAAUCCAGCCACUGGCCAGUGUCAGGAUAUUGAUGAAUGUUCAGCCACCCGCGCCAAGCCAGCCUGUGGUAUCAAUGCCCUAUGUAAAAAUCUACCCGGCAGCUAUGAAUGCCGUUGUGCGGCCGGUUUCAAUGGCAAUCCCUUCGUUAUGUGUGAACAAUGUAACUCCCCUGAAUGUCAGUGUCAAGCCCCCUUCAAAUUGGUUGGCAGUAGCUGUAUUCUCUCCGGCUGUUCCAACGGCGAAAAAUGUCCCAAUGGAGCUGAGUGUAUUUCCAUUGCAGGAGGCGUUAGCUAUUGCGCCUGUCCCAAGGGAUAUAAAACCUUGUCGGAUGGUUCAUGUGUCGACGUGGAUGAGUGCUCGGAACCAGGCAACAGAGUGUGUGCCUAUGGCGCCGAAUGUAUCAAUAAACCUGGAUCAUUCUCUUGUGUUUGCCCAGAUGGCUAUAAUGGAGAUGCCUACAACGGAGGCUGUAGCCCGGCUCAGAGAAAGUGUGCCGCCGACAAGGAAUGCAACACCAACGAGAAGUGUGUACAACCGGGAGAAUGCGUCUGUCCACCACCCUUCUUCUUGGAUCCCUAUGACAACAACAAAUGUAAGAGUCCCUGUGAAAGAUUCCCAUGUGGUAUCAAUGCCAAGUGUACACCCACUGAUCCACCCCAAUGUAUGUGUGAAGUGGGCUACAAGGGUGAUCCUCUGUUGGGUUGUACCGACGAGGAUGAAUGUGCCCAUUUGCCCUGCGCCUAUGGAGCCUAUUGUGUCAACAAGAAAGGUGGUUACCAAUGUGUUUGUCCCAAAGGUUUUACCGGCGAUGCCUACAAGAGCGGUUGUAUUUUGGAAUCCUCAGAUGAGCCGAAGAGUGUGUGUGUCACCAACGAAGACUGUGCCAGCAACUUGGCCUGCAUGCAGGGAACUUGCGUUAGCCCCUGUGCCAGCUUGUUGUGUGGACCCAAUGCUUUCUGCGAGACCGAUAAUCAUGCCGCAUGGUGUCGCUGCCGUGUGGGCUUUGUCAAGGAUGACAAUGGCGACUGUGUUUCCCAGUGUAAGGAUGUUAUCUGUGGCGAGGGAGCCCUUUGCAUUCCCACUUCGGAAGGACCCACCUGCAAAUGUCCCCAGGGUUAUAUGGGUAAUCCUUUCCCUGGUGGUUCUUGCUCUACGGAUCAAUGUUCCGCCUCAAGACCCUGCAGUGAAAGGCAAAUUUGUAUUAAUGGCCGCUGUAAGGAGAGAUGUGAUGGCGUUGUGUGCGGCAUCGGUGCCAUGUGUGACAAGAACAGUGGCAAAUGUGUGUGUGAGCCCAACUUUAUUGGCAAUCCCGAUUUGAUUUGUAUGCCACCCAUUAAAUAUGCCGAAUGUAAUCCUCCCUGCGGUCUCAAUGCCCACUGUGAAUAUGGCUUUGGCAGUGCUGAGUGUGUUUGCAACUCGGGUACCACCGGCAAUCCCUAUGAGGGUUGUGGUGCCCAAAGCAAGACUGCAUGUGAACCCAAUAGCUGUGGUCCCAAUGCCGAAUGUAGGGCUGAUGCCAAUGGCAUUACUUGUGUCUGUCCUCAAGGAUUCGCCGGCAAUGCCUAUGUCGGUUGCCAUGACAUUGAUGAGUGUAUGAACAAACCAUGUGGUCUAAAUGCGGCCUGCCUCAAUACUCAUGGAGGCUUUGAAUGUUUGUGUCUUUCCGGUUUCGGAGGAGAUCCUUUCACCAGCUGUCAACCAGUCGAUACGGAAUUCUGUUCGGAUGCGAAUAAAUGCAAGUGCAAUGAACGUGUAUAUUGUCCCGAUGGUUAUUCAUGUGAACGCGGCUCGUGCAAGGACUUGUGUUCGAAGACAACAUGUGGCCCCAGAGCCGUUUGCGAUGCCGGAAAAUGUCUUUGCCCAUUGGGUUAUUUGGGUGAUCCCAAUAAUCUCGAGACGGGUUGUACCAUCCGUGGCCAGUGUAACAAUGAUGGCGAUUGUAAGAAUUCCGAAAUCUGCUUCCAACUCAGCAAAGGACUACGCAAAUGUGUCGAUGCCUGUUCGAAAAUACAAUGUGGUCCCAAUGCCCUGUGUGUGGCCAAUGACCAUCGGUCCUCGUGCAUUUGCAGUGAUGGAUACUUUGGUGUACCCAGCAAUUUGCAGACCGGUUGCCAGCCGGAACGCAAGAUACCCGAUGUGGAGGAUAAAUGUAAAUCCAACAACGACUGUGAAUUGGGCUACACCUGCUCGGCCGUCAACGACGGAGCCAAGGAGUGCGUGCACAUGUGUUCCAAGGUGGUGUGCGGCACCAAUGAAGUUUGCAAAGUGGACAACAGUGGCAAUGCGAUUUGUAGCUGUGAUGACAGCUAUGUUUGGAAUCCUGUAUCAUCGGCUUGUGAGAAACCCAGUCUGCCAGAUUGUACCUCAGACCAGGAAUGCCCAGCAUCUUCGGCCUGUCGCCCAGAUGUUGUUGGCGUAUUGAAAUGUGUUUCGAUUUGCGACGAGUUCACCUGUCCUGCCAACUCAAUUUGUGUUGCCAAGAAUCAUCAAGGUCGCUGUGAUUGUUUGACCGGCUUUGUGGGUAAUCCCAAUGAUCGCAAUGGUUGCCAGCCUGUACAAAAAAAUCAAUGCCGCAGCAAUGCCGAGUGUGCCGAAUCAGAGGCCUGUAUUAAAUAUGGCCCAGAGGAGAUGCUUACCUGUAGACCUGCCUGUGAGGCAAUUAAAUGUGGACCACGUGCCGUAUGCAUCACCAACAAUCAUCAAGCCCAAUGUCAAUGUCCUCCUGGACCAUUUGCUGGUGAUCCUUAUGAUCCUUACGAAGGAUGCCAGAGCGUACCUUGUGUCUACAACAAAGACUGUCCCUCGCAUCAGUUGUGCAAUCGUUUGACUCACUCGUGCUUCGAUGUGUGCGAUGAUGAAUCGUGUGGUACCAAUGCCGUGUGUUUGGCCGAAGAUCAUCGCGCCGUAUGCCAAUGUCCUCCGGGUUUCAAGGCAAAUCCCAUACCUGAAAUGGAAUGUAUUAAAACUGGGGGUUGUACACCCGGAACAUGUCAUCACUCGGCAAUUUGUGAGGUCACCGCUGAGGGCCCGAUUUGUAAAUGUCCUGAACAUUUUAUUGGCGAUCCUGUGCGCCAAGGUUGUCGCCCCGAAGGACAAUGUCCCAACGGUGAUGGCGAUUGCCCUGCCAAUACGAUUUGUAGCGGAGGUCGUUGUGUCAACCCAUGUGACAAUGCCUGCGGUGCCAAUGCCGAAUGCAAAGUUAUCAAUCGUAAACCGGUUUGCUCGUGUCCCUUCCGUUUCCAACCUAUGGGUGAGUCGGCCAAAGAAGGCUGUGCCCGUUCUGUGUCACACUGCCGCUCCGAUGCUGAUUGUGGCGGUGAGGUGUGUUACAAUGGCGAGUGUCGUGUCAUCUGCCGUGAAGAGAAUGACUGUUCGAUGGGUGAGAAAUGUUUGCAGAAUGUCUGUGUGAUUCCUUGCGUGGACCACAGCCAAUGUUCCAGUGGCUUGGCCUGCCUGAAGGGAGUUUGCUCCAUUGGCUGUCGCAGCAACAAAGAUUGUCCUUCGGAUCGUUCGUGUAUCGAUAAUAAAUGUGCCGAUCCCUGCCAGACCGGUGGUGUUUGUGGACCUAAUGCUCUCUGCAACAUUGACAACCAACGCAGUCACUGCUCUUGCCCCGAGGGCUUUGAAGGAAAUCCCACACCCGAACAGGGUUGUGUACGUGUACCAGCCCCCUGCUUGGCCACCAACCAGUGUCCUAGCGGUCAUAUGUGCAUUGGCAAUCAAUGUAAUCUACCAUGCCAAAAGACCUCCGCCUGUGCCAUUGGAGAGCGUUGCUACCAACAAGUGUGUCGCAAGGUUUGUUACACCAGCAACAACUGUCUGCCCGGAGAAAUCUGUAAUGAUGAUGGUACUUGCCAACCUGGUUGUGACUCGGAUGCAGAUUGUCCACCCACAGAGUUGUGUCUGAGCGGCAAGUGUAAGUGUGCCCAAGGUUUUAUUGGUACACCCUUCGGCUGUUCGGAUAUUGAUGAGUGUACCGAACAACCAUGCCAUGUAUCGGCUAAAUGUGAAAACAUACCCGGCUCAUUCAAGUGUGUUUGCCCCGAGGGCACGGUGGGUGAUGGCUAUGUCAAGGGAUGUGCCAAGCCCAAGGAAUGUUACAAGAAUGAGGACUGCUCCACGGCUUUGGCCUGUAUCAAUGAUAAAUGUUCCAACCCAUGUUUGACAACCAGCUGUGGUCCAAAUGCUCUCUGCCAAUCGGAACACCACCAGGCCAUGUGUGAAUGUCCACCUGGUCACUUGGGUGAUCCAUUCGACAGUUCGGUGGGUUGCUUCAAGGUGGAAUGUAUCACCGAUGACGAUUGUGCCAGUGACAGGGCCUGUGAUGAGGCCACAAAUCGCUGCAUUAAACCUUGUGAUUUGAUUACCUGUGGCAAGGGAUCCUGCAAUGUUGCCGAUCACAAGGCCAUCUGUUCUUGUUAUGAAGGUUACCACCUAAACAAUGGCAUCUGUGAAGAUGUCGAUGAAUGUCUGAACCGACCAUGCCACAAAACGGCAUUCUGUCAGAAUUUGCCGGGCUCCUUCAACUGUCAAUGUCCCGAGGGAUUGAUUGGUGAUCCUGUCCAUGCUGGAUGCCGUGAUCCCAAUGAAUGUCUUACCGACUCUGAUUGCCCCGCUACGGCCAGCUGUCAAAACUCAAGAUGUCGUAGUCCCUGUGAACGCGAAAAUGUUUGUGGCAUUAAUGCCAAUUGUGUUGCCCAAUCCCACAAUGCCAUCUGUACUUGUCCCGCCAAUGCUCGAGGAGAUCCAUCCGUCGAAUGUGUGUACAUUGAGUGUUCGGACAAUGAUGAUUGUUCCAGUGAAAAAGCCUGUGUCGAUUCAAAAUGUGUUGACCCUUGUUCCUUACCAAAUGCCUGUGGAACACAAGCGCGUUGUACUGCCCAAAAUCACAUCGGAAUUUGUUCGUGUGAACGUGGAACGACGGGUAAUCCUCAAUUGGGUUGUGUCCCUCUACAGUACUGUAAUGUCGAUAAUCAGUGUGCAGCCGGCAGCAUUUGCUCUAAUGGUCUUUGUUGUUCCCUGUGCUCAUCGAAUCGCGAUUGUAUUGCCGACCAGCUAUGUAUCCAGGGUGUUUGUCAACCCACCUGUAAAUCGAACUCUACCUGUCCCGAAUUCCAAUUCUGUUUGAACAACAUUUGCACCAAGGAGGUGUUGUGCCGCGAAGAUCAGGACUGCGGAAGCAAUGAGGUGUGUGUUGUCGACAAUUAUGGCAGAGCCAGUUGUGAAAAUGUUUGCUUGGGUCGUGCAGUGUGUGGCCGCAAUGCCGAGUGCAUUGCCCGUAGCCAUGCUGCCGAUUGCGAGUGUAAGGAAGGUUUCUUUGGAGAUCCUAAGUCUGGUUGCCGCAAAGUCGAGUGUACCUCGGAUGAGGAUUGUUCCAGCGACAAGACCUGUGAUGGUCACAUGUGUAAGAUUGCCUGCCUCAUUGGCCAGCCAUGUGGCGAACAUGCCGUUUGCACGGCCGAAAAUCACAAACAAGUUUGUCAUUGUCAACCCGGUUUCACUGGCGACCCCAAACUGGGCUGCCAGGUCAUUGAUUUCUGUAAAGAUGCUCCCUGCGGUCCAGGUGCAAGGUGUCGCAAUUCACGCGGCUCCUUCAAGUGCACAUGUCCCGCCGGUUUGGUUGGUGACCCCUAUAACGAGGGUUGUCGCACCUCCGUCGAAUGUGAGACCAACGAAGACUGCCCACCGCAUGCCGAAUGCACGAAAACAAAUGGUGUACCCAAGUGUCAUGAUGUAUGCGCCACGGUGCGCUGUGGCCCCAAUGCGGAAUGUAUUCCGAAGGGUCACAAGGCUCAGUGUGCAUGUCACAGUGGUUAUGAUGGCAAUCCCGCUGACCGGGUCAAUGGUUGCAAGCCAUUGCCAACACCUUGCCAAGUUACCGGUGAUUGUCCGAGCAAUUCGUAUUGUUCGGACGGUAUAUGCAAACCUGCUUGUGUUUUGGACACAGAAUGUACCGGCAAUGAACUAUGUCAAGGUGGCCAAUGCGUUAAUCCAUGUGGCCAACCUCAAGCAUGUGGCAUGAAUGCACUGUGCUCCAUUGACAAUCACUACAAACAAUGCUCGUGUCCUGCUGGUUUCACCGGAAAUGCCGAUGUGGAAUGUGUACGCAUACCAAUUGCCUGUAGUACCGAUUUGGAAUGUGGUCAGGGUUACAACUGUCGCGAUGGUAUGUGCUUCCCAGAAUGUGGCAAUGAUCAAGAUUGUGCCCUGAAUGAGAAAUGCUUGCGUGGCAUUUGUAUGCUCACCUGUCGUGUCGACAACGACUGCUUCUUGGGCCAUGUCUGCCUGCACAACAAGUGUGUCUUUGGCUGCCACACCGAUGACGACUGCAGUGCCUCGGAAUCCUGCCGCAAUGACAAAUGUAUUCAUCCCUGCUCCGAGAAUCCUUGUGGACCCAAUGCUGCCUGUUCGGUGUCUAAUCAUCGUGCCACCUGUACCUGUCUCGAUGGCAUGGUGCCCAGUCCCACCGCCCAGGUGGGCUGUGUACGUGCUCCUCCCCAGGAAUGUUCAGAGAACCGUGACUGUUCCAAUGGCUUGGCCUGUUUCGAAGCUGUAUGCCGACCCUUGUGCGCCGACGACUUGGGCUGCCUGUCCAAUGAACGUUGUCAAAAUGGUGCGUGCAAGCCGUUGUGUCGUCGCGAUGAUGAUUGCCGCAGCAGUGAAGUGUGUCUGGGACUGUCCUGUGUGGCCGGUUGCCGUUCAGAUCAAGGCUGUCCCGACAAUCUGUCGUGCGUCAAUCAACAGUGUGUUGAUCCCUGCUCCGAUGCCCGUGCCUGUGGCACCAAUUCCCAAUGUAAUGUCUACAAUCAUCAAAAGGUCUGCUCUUGCCCCGAUGGCUUGGUCGGCAAUCCCGAAGUGUCGUGUAAACCACCCAUCACCGUUUGUCAAACCAAUGCUGACUGUCAAUCGAAUCAACUUUGCUAUGGCGGUAGCUGUCAGAGCCGUUGCCGUAAUGACCAGAACUGCUUGGCUGAUGAGAAAUGUAUGCGUGGCUCGUGCCGCACUGUUUGCAACACGGACUCGGCCUGCGCCCAAGGACAAAUCUGUGAAAAUCGCAUUUGUCAAAUUGGCUGCCGCAAUGAUUUGACCUGUGCCCAAGAUCAGGCUUGUGUAAAUAAGCAAUGUAAGAAUCCCUGUGAUACUCCUGGCCAGUGUGGUCAAUGUGCCAAUUGCUUGGUUGUCAAUCAUGGCGUUCAAUGCAGUUGUCCCAAUGGCUUUUUGGGUGAUGGUCUCACCGGUUGUCAAAUGCCACCCCAAAGAUGUAAUCCCUCCUGCCAAUGUGAUGAAAGCAACACCUACUGUGCCGAAUCCUGUACGAGGAACACCGAUUGUGCCUGUGGCCAGAUGUGUAUGCGUGGCAAGUGCCGUUCCAAAUGUGGUGCCAACCGAUCAUGUCCAGUUGGCCAGCUGUGUGAGCGUGGAGCCUGCGUUGCUGGUUGCAAAACAAACAAUGACUGUGCCACCGACCAGACCUGUAUCAAGGGUCAGUGUAGUGAUCCUUGUGCCAAUAAGAAAUCCUGUGGCCGUAAUGCCUUGUGCACAGUGUCGGAACAUCGCAUGCUAUGCUAUUGUCCCGAUGGCUAUGAGGGUGAACCGAACAAGGAAUGUAUUCAAUUCGAAUGUCAACACGAUGAAGAUUGUGAGGCCAACAAACGCUGUGACAAGGGUAAAUGUCGUAAUCCAUGCCUGGAAUUCGGUGCCUGCGGCGUCAAUGCCCAGUGCCGUGUUGUCGAUCGCCGGCCACAAUGCUCCUGCCCACCGGACUUCUUUGGCGAUGCAGCCACAGAGUGUCAACCGCUUGAAGGUGGUUGUGACAAUAAUCCAUGCGGUGAGAAUUCACGCUGCACCGAAGUUCCCGGUGGCUAUGAAUGUUCCUGCAUGGAAGGUUGUGUUGGAGAUGCCAAAAAGGGUUGUCUAUGCGAUGGAAAUAUUGUUGAUGUAUGCAGCCAUCAAGUUUGUGGUUUGAAUGCUGCUUGCCGGGUACUGCCACACGAUGAGGCGCAAUGUUAUUGUCCCGAGGAGUAUCCCAAUGGUGAUCCAUAUGUAUUGUGUUAUUUAACUCAACCUCCAAGAAAUUGCCUAACGGAAGGUUGCGCCGUUGGUGAAUGUGUACGCCAGGGCUACGACUAUGUUUGCAAACAAGACACCGAAAAAUGUUCAGCCGACACGGAUUGCCCCAGUGAGAAAUCUUGCCAGCAGGGUCACUGCAUUGAUCCUUGUACUCUACGCGGUGCCUGUGGAGCGAAUGCAUUGUGCAAAACCGUAUUGCAUAGACCACGCUGUUCAUGUCCCAGCUGUUUCAUUGGACGUCCGGAAGUUGAGUGUAAACCCGAUCCAAAAUGUGCUGACGAGGAUCAAAGUCAGUCACGUGAUCCCCAGGAACAAAUCUCGUGUGCCCAAGACUCGGAUUGCCCGGACAGUUUACAGUGCGGCGCCUAUGGACAGUGUACGGAUCCUUGUCAGAAUCCCCAAUUUGUUUGCCGUGGCCACAAGAAAUGUGAAACCAGACGUCACCAUCCGGUGUGCGUGUGCAAAACGGGUUUCAUUGUCAAUGAAUAUGGCGAGUUGACAUGUGCCCCCGAGAAACGGGAGUGCUAUCGUGACGAUGAUUGUGCCUCAAAUAUGGCCUGCACAGAGGGUAAAUGCCGUAAUCCUUGCAUUGUGCCCGUAGGACGCGCCCCCAUUUGUGCGGAGAACAAAUCUUGCGAAGUUCAGGAUCACAAACCCGUCUGUAUAUGCAUGAAAGAUUGUCAACCUUCGAUUUCGAUAUGCCUACGUGACGCCGGCUGCCCCGCAGGUCUGGCCUGUCGCAAUUAUCAGUGUGUCAAUCCUUGCGAUUUUGCCCAAUGUGCUCCCAACUCACCGUGUAUUGUCGAGGAUCACAAGCCGAUAUGUAAAUUCUGUCCCAGUGGAUUUAUAGCCGAUUCACGUUAUGGAUGUCAAAAAGAAAUUGGAUGUGCUUCAAAUUCCGAUUGCCCUGCCCAAGCUUGCAUUAAUUCAAUAUGCGUUGAUCCCUGCUCGCUGGCCAACCACUGUGGACCCCAACAGGAGUGUAAGGUUAUUGAACAUCAACCGGUUUGCUCACGACUCUGUGAAUGUCAACGCAAAUCGGAUUGUCCAGACAAUUUCGAAUGUGAUGGUUGCCAAUGUCGUCAAGUAAUUCAACGCACACCUGGCUGUGAACACUGUGCCCAAGGAUAUCAUUGUGAUGCUAGUACUGGAGCCUGUAUAAAGGAUAAGCAAAUCAUAACUGGCAACACUACCACAUUAACCACUGCCACCUCCACCACCACCACAACAACUACACCAUCAAUAACCAAAGCCAUCGAAACAAGCACCCAAUCGUCGAUGGGCACCACUACAUCUACGACACAAAAAUCUAAAACCACUAAAAAAGAAGAUGAAGGUGUGGAAGACUUUACAACAACAAGCACAACCGAGGAACCAGAGGUGAAGACCACAUCUACCACAACAGCAGCAACAACAACAACAGUAAGUUCAACAUCCUCCUCCAAGGAUGUAGAAAGUACAACGGUAAUGAAAACUGGACCACCGAAAACAUAUCGGGAUGGUGAGAAUAAUAUUACCGAUACAACGGCGGGAGAAAUUCCCACCAGUACCACCCCAGGUCCGGUUGUUACCACCACCACUCCGCCGCAAAGAGGUGAAGAUGUCAAGGGUCCAUUUGAUUAUCCCACAACGCCCAAGAUGAAAACCACGCGUAUAGACACCUCACAAGAGGAAGAGUUCUAUAAUGCCACCACUACAACGGGAACCUCUACGACGACACCCAAAUAUGAAAGUUCCACAUUCCCGGUAAUUAUGGUAACCGAUAAACCUCAAAUCCCUGAGGAAAUACCAAGUACCGAGAAGCCUUUGGUGGCAAUGGAUAAGACAACCAUGUUUCCGGUCAUAACACCAGAAUCGACACAGGCCACCCGGGAACCACCCACCGUGGCAGCCACAACCAUGCAAAGUCCUCCCGAUGUAAUGGAACCCAUAACUACGACAACAACCGAAAAGAUUGGCAUGACAAGUCCAAAACAUGUAACCAUGUUGGAUGAGUCAAUGCCCACAACAAUGAAACCCAAAAUUUUAGAAGAAAUGACCACCACCAUGUUCCCGGUAAUUACGGAAAAGGUUACCACAAGCAUGACGGAGGUACCCGGCACCACAACAAUGCUGAUGCCAGAAACUGGUGUGUCGACCACGGAAAUGCCAGCUACUGGCAAAAAUCAAACCUCCUCUGAACCACCACCAGAUUUCAUGUCAACUAUGAUCCCUAGCACAACUACGAUCCCCACAACAUCAACCGAAAAUACCACUACAGUAACAAGCAUUACCACUACCAGCACCAUAAUCACAAUUAUUAACACUACUUGUACAGUUCAUACUAAUUGCGCCCCUAAUCAAUUGUGUAUUAUGGGACAAUGUCGUAAUAAGUGUCGUGGUGAUGGAAUCACUGAAACGAAUUGUGUAAAAGAAUCCCCUGGUAGACCCAAGAAUCCGGAACCUUGUCAAUCGAAUAAUGAUUGUAUUGAAAGUGAAGCCUGUUACAUGGGUCUGUGUCAAGAUCCCUGUGAGUUUGCCAAUGUUUGUGCGGCCACUGCUAAGUGUGUUGCCAAAAUGCACAGGCCAAUAUGUUCAUGUCCACCCGGACAUGAAGGUAAUCCAACGGUGAAAUGUGUAACGGCCGACAAAUCAAUGGAAUGCACUCAUGAUUCUGAUUGCUCCAUUACCGAGGCCUGUAUCAAUCAACGUUGUCUCCACCCUUGUGAUGCCCACAAUCCGUGUGCCCAAAAUGCUGUCUGUGUUAACACCAAUCACGCCGCCGAAUGCAGCUGUACCGAUGGCUAUGAGGGUAAUGGUUAUGUUGGCUGUCAACCAGCCUACAAAUCACCUCCGGUUUGUCAAUACAACGAGGAUUGUCCUCCGAACAAGUUGUGCGAUCGCCUGAACAGACGUUGCAUUAAUCCAUGCCAAGAGGAUUCGUGUGGUGAAAAUGCCGAAUGCUUCGCCGUCAAUCAUGGCAUUGAAUGCCGCUGCUUGGCCGGCUAUGUGGGUAAUGCCUAUGUUGAGUGCAGCGUGCUGCAAGGUUGCCGUUCCGAUGGGGAGUGUGAUGCCAGUGAGGCGUGUAUCAAUGGCAAAUGUUCCUCGCCCUGCAGCUGUGGUGCCUAUGCCCUGUGUGAUGUUGUCAAUCAUCGUGGUAUCUGUAAAUGUCCUCCUGGCUAUACAGGAAAUCCAGCAAUUGCUUGCAGUCCUCCCAGCAAUCCCUGCGAUCCCAAUCCAUGUGGCACGAAUGCCUUGUGUGAAUUGGAUAACGGCAAUCCCAUUUGUUAUUGUCCCAAGGGUCUUACCGGAAAUCCCUUCAAGAAUUGCAUUCCUGAGGGUGAUGAGUGUACACCAAAUCCCUGUGGACCCAACUCUGGCUGCCGCAUGGUCUCCAACUCACCAAUUUGUUUCUGCCUACCCGAAUAUGAAGGUCAACCACCUAACGUACCCUGUCAACUGCCAUCGAAUCCCUGUGACCCCUCACCAUGUGGACCCAACACCCAGUGUACCACAUUGUCGAAUGGUUUCUCGAAAUGUACCUGCCUGCCAGGCUAUGUGGAAAGUCCCAACACCAUACGCGGCUGCAUUGAACCCAUCAAUCCUUGUGACCCGAAUCCUUGUGGCGUUGGCGCCAUUUGUGACUCUACCCGCAACCCAGUGUGCUUCUGUCCCGACAAUAAGAUUGGAAAUCCAUUCCGUUUGUGUGAGAAGCCAUCGGUUACCAUUGAACUAUGCAAGCCCGGUCCAUGUGGCCAAAAUGCCGACUGUUAUGUUACCGAUAAUCGUGAGCAGUGCUAUUGCCGUCCUGGUUACAUUGGAGAUCCAUAUCAAAACUGCCGUGAACCACCACGCUCGGUAUGUGAACCAAAUCCUUGCGGUCCUAAUGCCGAAUGUGUUAUAUCUCCCAAUGGCCAAAGUUCCUGUGUUUGUCCCGAAGGCUUGGCUGGAGAUCCAAACUCUGCGCUAGGCUGUCAUGGUUACGAAUGUCAAGUUGAUGAUGACUGUCCCUUCGACAGGGCUUGUAUGGGCUUCAAAUGCCACGAUCCAUGCCCUGGAGCCUGUGGCCAUGGUGCCAACUGCCGUGUUGAGCAACAUCAUCCAGUGUGCUCAUGUAAUCCCGGCCUAACUGGUAAUCCCGGUGUCUUCUGCUAUGCCUUGGAUGUGCCCAAGAAACACAAGAACCCCUGCGUGCCUAGUCCAUGUGGUUUGAACAGUGAAUGUAAGGUAAUGAAUAACCGCGCCGUUUGCUCAUGUCUGCCCAGCUAUUUGGGUGAUCCCAAGACUGGCUGCCGCCCCGAGUGUGACAUCAACUCGGACUGUGGUUCCAAUCAAGCCUGUAUCAACCACAAAUGUAUCGAUCCUUGUGCUGGCACUAUUUGUGGAAUCAAUGCGUUGUGUUCGGUACAACAACAUACCCCGGUUUGCCGCUGUCUGGAUGGUUUCACUGGAGAUGCCUUCCGUCAAUGUAUUGCCAUAGGUGUGCUACACAAUGUAUCACGUGAUCCUUGUGUACCCUCGCCGUGCGGCCCCUCAGAUGUUUGUUCCGUUUACACAGAUGGUGUGGCUCUUUGCGAUCCCUGUUUCGGACCUGAUGCCCAAUAUAAUCCACGCUGUCGUCCUGAAUGUAUUUCGAAUUCUGAUUGUCCCUUCGACAAGGCAUGUUUAGGUUCUAGAUGUUUGGAUCCCUGCCCCGGCUCCUGCGGUCACAAGGCCGUUUGUCAUGUCUAUGAACACAAUCCGAUUUGUGCCUGUCCUCCAGGACUCUAUGGUAAUCCAUAUGAUCACUGUGAUGUUCCGAUACGUGACAAGCCCACACCAUCGCCCAGCUGUGCCAAAUUGCAGUGUGGCGCCAAUGCAGAUUGUAAAAAACAAAGUGGUGUCCUCUCGUGUGUCUGCCGCAAGGGUUACUUCGGUAAUCCCUUCGUGGGCUGCCGACCAGAAUGUGUGCUCAAUUCCGAUUGUCCCGUGGACAGAGCUUGUGUCAAUUCAAAAUGUGUGGAUGUUUGUGCGGGAGUUUGUGGCAUCAAUGCCCUGUGCCAGGUAGUUAACCACGGCCCGGUGUGUAUUUGUCCCGAGGGUUAUACCGGUGAUGCAUUCAAACAAUGUUCCAGAACUCCACAAAUCCCCAAUACCUAUCUACCGGUCGAUACACCCAGAAAUCCUUGUGAACCCUCACCAUGUGGUCCAAAUGCCAGAUGUUUAAUAUCGCCCGAGGGAUAUGCUGCCUGUUCCUGUCUGCCAGAUUUCAAGGGUUCACCGCCCGUCUGCCAGCCGGAAUGUAUUGUCAGCUCGGAGUGCCCCCUGCAGCAGGCAUGUAUAAAUCAACGUUGUGCCGAUCCCUGUCCUGGUACCUGUGGUGUUGCAGCCAAAUGCAAGGUCCAAAAUCAUAACCCCAUUUGCUCUUGUGAGUCGGGCUAUGAAGGAGAUCCAUUCGUUUCAUGUGUACCCGUACAAGAACAACCCAAGGAAGUAGAUCACCCAAGACCUGAGAAUCCAUGCCUUCCCUCACCAUGUGGACCAAACUCGAUAUGCCAAGUUAAGCAAGGGCGACCAGUGUGCUCUUGUGUGGCCAACUAUGUGGGAAGUCCACCAUAUUGCCGACCCGAAUGUACCCUGAACAGUGAGUGCCCGGCGGACAAGGCCUGUAUCCAGGAGAAAUGUGAAAACCCUUGCGUCAACACGUGUGGCCACAAUGCCAAGUGUACGGUCAUUGCCCAUUCAGCCUACUGCAGUUGUGAGGAAGGUUACGAAGGUGAUGCCUUUGUGGGUUGUUCCAAGGUCAUCAAGCCACAAGAUCAUGUUGAUCCAUGUUAUGCCAACCCAUGUGCUGAAAAUGCCGUUUGCACCGAACGUAAUGGCAUUGCCAGAUGUUCGUGCAUUGAACCCUACAUUGGAGAUCCCUAUACAACCGGUUGUAGACCUGAGUGUGUCUACAAUGCCGAAUGCCCGGCCCAACAGGCUUGCAUCAAGCAACAUUGUCGCGACCCAUGUGUUGGCACUUGUGGUGCGAAUGCUGAAUGUUCGGUGGCCAAUCAUGUGCCGGUUUGCAGCUGUGCUCGUGGUUAUGUUGGUGAUCCAUUUACCGGCUGUAAGAAGGAAACGCGAACACCAGUUAGUCCUUGUGAACCGAAUGUCUGUGGACCCUAUAGCAUUUGUCGUGCUGUGGAUGGCCGUCCCACUUGCUCUUGCCAGGUGGGUUACUUUGGCUCACCGCCCAACUGCCGUCCUGAAUGUGUUGUCAGUUCUGAGUGCAGUCAACAUUUGGCCUGUAUCAAUCAGAAAUGUGCCGAUCCUUGUGUUGGAACUUGCGGAUUCAAUGCCAAAUGUCAGGUGGUUAACCACAAUCCCAUUUGCUCUUGUCCCUCGGACAUGACCGGUGAUCCAUUUGAACAAUGUGUACCAAAACCCAAACAACCUAACCCUGAAAUUAAUGCCUGCCUACCCAGCCCAUGUGGUCCCAAUGCCCAGUGCCGUGACAUGGACAAUAGAGCUGUGUGCUCUUGUCUGCCCGGCAUGUUCGGUGCCCCGCCCAACUGUCGCCCCGAAUGUGUUAUCCAUCAAGACUGUCCAUCGAAUCGUGCCUGUAUUGGCCAACGUUGUGAAGAUCCUUGUGCAGGAGCAUGCGGUUUCAAUGCCGUUUGCACAGCUUUGAAUCACAAACCCGUUUGCUCCUGUCUUGAGGGUCAUGAAGGUGAUCCCUAUGCCGGCUGCAGUAUGCGAGCAAUUGUGGUCCCUGAUACACCAAGUGAUCCUUGCAAUCCCUCACCCUGCGGUUCCAAUGCCAUAUGCCGUGAACGUAAUGGUGCAGGAGCUUGUAGCUGCUUGCCAAACUAUUUCGGUGAUCCAUAUAUCAAUUGUCGUCCAGAGUGUGUACAAAACUCGGAUUGUCCGCGCACGAAAACUUGCCUGAACAUGAAAUGUGUUGAUCCGUGUGAAAACUUGUGUGGCUAUCGGGCUUUGUGUCGUGUGGCAAACCAUCAGCCCAUGUGCUCAUGUGAACCCGGUUUUACGGGAAAUCCCAUGAGAAUAUGUGUUGAAAGGCCAUCAAAUGAAUACUUACCACUGCCCGAAGAUCCAUGCCGACCUUCUCCAUGCGGUCAGUUUAGUAGUUGUCGCGUACGUGGAAAUCGUCCAAUAUGUUCUUGUUUGCCCAAUUAUAUGGGCCAGCCACCGAAUUGUAAGCCAGAAUGUGUCAUCAGUGCCGAAUGUCCUUCGGAUAAGGCAUGUGUAAAUCAACGUUGUGUAGAUCCUUGUCCCGGUACAUGUGGUCACAAUGCUAGAUGUCGCGUUACAAAUCAUUCGCCCAUCUGCACUUGCAUGCAGGGCUAUACGGGUGAUCCGUUCCAUCAGUGUCAACCGGAAAGAAAACCCGAACCGCCAAGAGAUCCCAUUGUACCACAAAAUCCAUGCAUACCAUCACCGUGUGGUCCGAAUUCGCAGUGUCGAGUCUCCAGCAAUGGUGCCGUUUGUUCUUGCCUACGCGAGUACAUUGGACGUCCGCCGAACUGUCGUCCCGAAUGUUCCAUCAAUUCGGAGUGCCCCUCGCAAAGGGCAUGUCUCAAUAAUCGUUGUGUUGAUCCCUGUAUCGGUUCGUGUGGCAACAAUGCUCAAUGUCAUGUUAGCAAUCAUGUACCGGUGUGUAUGUGUCAGGAUGGCUUUACUGGAGAUCCAUUUUCGGGUUGUUAUCUCUUAAUAAAAAUUCCCGAUGAACCCAUACAACCCUGCAAUCCCAGCCCCUGCGGUUUGAAUGCUUUGUGCGAAGAACGUAAUCGUGCGGCUGCAUGUAAAUGCAUACCCGAAUAUUUCGGUGAUCCAUAUGUUGAGUGUCGACCGGAAUGUGUUCUGAACUCGGAUUGUUCGAAAUCACAGGCCUGUGUCAAUAACAAAUGUGUGGAUCCCUGUCCGGGUGUGUGUGGUCAUAAUGCCGAAUGUUAUGCUUUGAAUCAUCAGGCAAAUUGUGAAUGUUUAUUGGGCUUUACGGGAAAUCCCAAUGUGGGUUGCCAUGCCAUACCAGAAACACCUAAAUAUGACAUUACCGUACCCAGCAAUCCCUGUGUACCCUCACCAUGUGGUCCCUAUAGCAAUUGUCGGGUACAAAAUGGUCAUGCCGUUUGCUCGUGUGUGGCCAAUUAUAUUGGCGCCCCACCCAAUUGUCGUCCCGAAUGUAUGACCAGCUCUGAUUGUGCCCAGGACAAAUCGUGUAUAAAUGAGAAAUGCAAAGAUCCUUGUCCGGGAACGUGUGGCAUUAAUGCCCAGUGUCGCGUGGUCAAUCAUAAUCCCAUAUGUUCAUGCAUGUCUGGCUUCACCGGAGAUCCAUUCAUACGCUGUAUAUACGAAGAAAAACGUCCAAUCGUAAGAGAUCCUGUGAAUCCCUGUGUACCCUCGCCAUGUGGUCCGAAUUCACAGUGUCGCGUCUCGCCGAACAACGAUCAGGCAGUUUGCUCUUGCCUGGCGAAUUACAUUGGUCGGGCGCCAAACUGCCGUCCCGAAUGUACUUCGAACUCCGAUUGCCGCGGCAAUAUGGCUUGCAUCAAUCAGCGUUGUCAAGAUCCAUGUCAGGGCUCAUGCGGUUCAUUUACCACAUGUACUGUAAAUAAUCAUAGACCAAUAUGUCGUUGCUUGCCAGGUUAUACGGGUGAUCCAUUUUCAGAAUGUAGUCCGCAAAUUAUUGUACCACCGGAAAAGGCGGAGCCGUGCAACCCGAGCCCUUGUGGUGCCAAUGCCGUUUGCAAGGAACGUAAUGGUGUGGGAUCCUGUACUUGCUUGCCGGAAUAUCAUGGAGACCCAUACACGGAAUGCCGUCCGGAAUGUGUGCUCAAUACCGACUGUGCCAAGAAUCGUGCCUGCAUCAACAACAAAUGUCGCGAUCCAUGUCCCGGCGUGUGUGGCGUUGAUGCCCAGUGUCAUGUCAUCAAUCAUGCUCCAAGUUGCAGUUGUCCUUCCGGUUACACUGGCAAUCCAUCGGAAUAUUGUCGCAAAGAAAUCAAACAAUUAGACACCGUGAAACCAUGCCGUCCCUCACCCUGCGGCCCUUACAGCCAAUGUCGUGAGGUAAAUGGACAUGCAGUCUGCUCUUGCUUAACCAAUUAUUUGGGUACCCCACCAGCCUGUCGUCCAGAGUGUUCCGUUAGCUCGGAAUGUGCUCAAGAUAGGGCUUGUUUGAAUUUGCGUUGCGUAGAUCCAUGUCCAGGCACCUGCGGCAAUGAAGCCGUCUGCAAGGUUACCAAUCACAAUCCAAUUUGUUCUUGCCCAUCGGGUUACACCGGUGAUCCGUUUAUACGUUGCAUUAAAAUCGAAGAACGUAAGGUGGAGGAUGAUAAACCGUCGAAUCCUUGCAUACCAAGUCCUUGUGGACCCAACUCUCAGUGUCGUGUGGUGGGUGAGACGCCUGUCUGCUCUUGUCUCCCAGAUUUUGUGGGUCGUGCACCUAACUGUCGUCCCGAGUGUAGCAUUAACUCAGAAUGUCCUGCAAACUUGGCUUGUAUCAAUGAGAAAUGUAAAGAUCCUUGCCCGGGAUCGUGUGGUUUCAAUGCCUUCUGUAAUGUGGUCAAUCAUUCGCCAGUUUGUAGCUGUGAGCAGGGUUAUUCCGGAGAUCCAUUUGCCGGUUGCAAUCCAACACCGGUACCCGAAGAACGUUUGACACCCUGUAAUCCCUCACCUUGUGGCCCCAACGCUGAGUGCAAGGAACGCAAUGGUGCCGGUUCUUGUACCUGUGUCGAGGGUUACUUUGGUGAUCCUUACAGCGGCUGUAGGCCUGAAUGUGUCGUCAAUUCCGAUUGUCCACGUGACAAGUCGUGUGUCAAUCAAAAAUGUUCCGAUCCCUGCCCAGGAGUUUGUGGUAUUAAUGCCGAGUGCCGGGUGGGCAAUCAUGUGCCAACAUGUCACUGCCUACCAGGUUUCACCGGCAAUCCUCUCAGUUCUUGUCGUCUCAUUCCCGAACCGGAACCAGAACCAAUUGCCCGCGAUGAAAAUCCCUGUCAACCUUCACCCUGUGGCCCGUAUAGCCAGUGUCGUGAAGUAAAUGGCCAUGCCGUUUGCUCGUGUCAAACCAGCUAUAUCGGUUCGCCGCCCAAUUGUCGCCCCGAAUGUAUUGUCAGUUCGGAUUGUGCUCAGAAUAUGGCUUGUCAAAAUCAAAAAUGUAUAGAUCCUUGUCCUGGCACCUGUGGAGCCGAAGCACGUUGCCAAGUUGUAAAUCACUAUGCAGCAUGUUCCUGUCCUCCUGGUUAUACGGGAGAUCCUUUCAAUAGAUGUACUAGAAUUAAAUUGGAUGUUCGUCCAGUCGAAAAGACGGGCAAUCCAUGUGUACCCUCUCCAUGUGGACCCAACUCGAAAUGUAUCGAUGUUGGUGGUGGUUCGCCUGCAUGCUCCUGUUUGCCCGACUAUCUGGGACGGCCACCUAAUUGUCGUCCCGAAUGCAUGAGUAGCUCGGACUGUCCAGCCAAUAUGGCCUGCAUGAAUCAGAAAUGUUCGAAUCCGUGUGCCGGUGCUUGUGGCAUACAUACACAGUGUACAGUUAUAAAACACAGUCCUGCAUGUCAAUGUGAACCUGGCUACACCGGAGAUCCGUUCUCUGGCUGUAGUGCUGUACAAAUAACUGAUACCACUGAACGUCCUCGCGAUCCAUGCAAUCCCUCACCUUGCGGUGCCAAUGCCGUUUGCCGCGAACGUAAUGGUGUCGGUUCCUGUGCCUGUCUUCCCGAGUACUUCGGCGAUCCCUACACCGGCUGUAGACCUGAAUGUGUACAAAAUUCCGAUUGUGAUCGCUCAAAGGCUUGCUUCAACAACAAGUGCCAGGAUCCUUGUCCUGGAGUAUGUGGCAUUAAUGCCGAGUGCAGAGUCAUCAAUCAUGCUCCCAACUGCCAAUGCUUUGAAGGUUAUACCGGAGAUGCUCAUCGCGCCUGUUCUGUUAUUGAAGUCACAACUAUGGCACCAUUGAAUCCAUGCUAUCCUUCACCAUGCGGACCUUACAGUCAGUGUCGUGAAUCGAAUGGUCAUGCCGUUUGCUCCUGCUUGGACAAUUAUAUUGGCGCUCCUCCAUCUUGUCGUCCCGAGUGCGUUGUCAGCUCUGAAUGUCCUCAGAACAGGGCUUGUAUACAACAGAAAUGUGGUGAUCCAUGUGCUGGCGCAUGUGGUUCUCAGGCCAGAUGCCAAGUGGUGAAUCACAAUCCGAUCUGUACUUGCCCGGCCAACAUGACCGGUGAUCCAUUUGUGGAGUGUGUUGUGGAUCAACAAACUCCUCGGGAUCCCAUGAAUCCUUGUGUACCUUCACCAUGUGGCCCCAACUCAUUGUGCCGUGAAAUCGGUGACCAGGCAGCCUGUUCUUGCCAGACUAACUACAUUGGAAGACCACCCAACUGCCGACCGGAAUGUACCAAUCACGAUGAGUGUCAAAGUAAUUUGGCCUGUCAAAAUGAACGUUGCAUUGACCCUUGCCCAGGAUCCUGUGGCUCCAAUGCUCUCUGUAAGGUGGUUCAACACAACGCAAUUUGUUCUUGUGCCGAUGGCUACGAAGGAGAUCCAAUUUACGGUUGUCAACUCGUAGAACCCGUAUUGCCCAAACAGCCACCCACCUCACCUUGUGAACCCUCACCAUGUGGACCUCAUGCCGAGUGCCGUGAACGUAACGGAGCCGGUGCUUGCUACUGUCACGAUGGCUACGAAGGUAAUCCGUACGAUGCUCAAGUGGGUUGUCGCCGUGAAUGCGAAUCCAAUGAUGAGUGCUCGCCAGCUCAAGCUUGUGUCCGUUUCAAAUGUGUGGACCCUUGCAUAAAUAUUUGCGGAGAAUACGCCAUCUGCUCGGUGGACAAUCAUGUACCAACCUGCACCUGUCCACAAGGUUAUUCUGGAGAUCCAUUCUUCCAAUGCAAACCAGUGCCUGUCACACCACGGCCCAUUAUUAAUCCUUGUGUGCCAUCUCCUUGUGGUCCCAACAGUAUUUGCCGCAACAUCAAUGAACAGGCGGUUUGCUCAUGUCAAUCCGGGUUCGUCAAUCAACCACCCAACUGUCGUCCGGAGUGUGUGGUCAGCUCUGAGUGUUCGGCCGAUAGGGCUUGUGUCAACAACAAGUGCGUGGACCCAUGUCAACAUACUUGUGGUCACAUGGCCAUUUGUCAGGUCAAGAAUCACAGUCCUAUCUGCACCUGUCCCAGAGGCAUGACGGGAGAUCCAUUUGUCAAGUGUUCGAAGAUACCCAUUGUAAUUGAAGAAGAUCCCACCGAGAAACCGCCAUCAUGUGUUCCUUCACCAUGCGGACCCAAUUCAAAAUGUCAAAUCAUUGGUGGCAGUCCAGCAUGCUCCUGCUUGCAAGACUUUAUUGGCGCCCCACCAAAUUGCCGACCAGAAUGUGUUCUCAACUCUGAAUGUGGUCCCAACGAGGCUUGUAUCAAUCAGAAAUGCCGUGAUCCUUGUCCUGGUUCUUGCGGUUUCGAAGCCAAAUGCCAUGUCCUAAAUCAUGUUCCUAUUUGCAAUUGCUUGGAUGGCUACACCGGAGAUCCAUUUGUACGAUGCAGUCCAGAACCGGUCACAGAAUCGCCUAAGACACCAAAUGAUCCAUGUGAUCCUAAUCCAUGCGGUCCGAAUGCUGAUUGCUUUAAUGGUGAAUGUAGAUGCCAAGACAAUUACCAAGGUAAUCCUUAUGAUGGUUGCCGUCCCGAAUGUACUCUCUCGGCUGAUUGUCCUCGCGAUAAGGCAUGCAUGCGCAACAAGUGUGUUGAUCCUUGUCCUGGAACUUGUGGCGUUAACGCUUUGUGUGAAGUCCUCAAUCACAUUCCAGUGUGCUCCUGCCAACGAGGCUAUGAGGGUGAUCCAUUCACCAAUUGCAGACUGAAGGUCGAGAAACCAGAUGAACCCGUCGAACCUUGUUCGCCAUCACCAUGUGGACCCAACAGCCAGUGCCGCAACAUCAACGACCAUGCUGUGUGCUCGUGCAUGGAUGGUUUCAUUGGUGCCCCACCACAGUGUCGACCAGAAUGUGUGGUAUCCAGUGAAUGCUCAGCUGUACAGGCUUGCGUUAACAAGAAAUGCGUUGAUCCAUGUGCCGGAGCUUGUGGUAUUGAUGCCCGUUGUGAGGUUAUCAAUCACAGUCCAAUUUGUGGUUGUCCUCCGGGUAAGACAGGAGAUCCAUUCAAGAGGUGUUUAGAUAUUCCUCCACCACCACCAACUCCCAAAGAUCCGAUUGCCGAAAGAGAUCCUUGCGAUCCAUCACCAUGCGGUCCAAACUCAGUUUGCAGGUCUGGUCCCAAUGGUCAUACUUGUCAAUGCCUGCCCGAAUUCUUUGGCUCACCACCAAAUUGCCGACCAGAAUGUAUUAUCAAUCCCGACUGUCCCUCAACGCAGGCUUGCAUCAACAACAAGUGUCGCGAUCCCUGCCCAGGCUCUUGCGGUACCAAUGCUGAAUGCCGUGUCAUCAGCCAUACUGUGUCAUGCUCAUGUCCGGCUGGAUUUGCUGGCAAUGCCUUUGUUCAAUGCCUGCAACAAAGAGAGGAACCCAUCAGGCCAUGUGAGCCCUCGCCAUGUGGACCAAACGCCGAAUGUAUCGAGCGCAACGGCGCCGCUUCAUGUCGCUGUGUUGAUGACUAUCAAGGCAAUCCCUACGAAGGAUGCAGACCUGAGUGUGUGCUCAGUUCGGAUUGUCCCACCGAUAUGGCUUGUAUACGCAACAAAUGUAAAGAUCCAUGUCCUGGAAUUUGUGGUUCCAAUGCCCAGUGUUAUGCCGUUAAUCAUGUACCCAAUUGUGUUUGCAAUGAAGGCUAUACUGGAGAUCCAUUCUCCAACUGCCGACCAGAACCUAAGUUACCACCACCAACCCCAGGCAAUCCUUGCCAGCCAUCGCCGUGUGGACCGAACAGCAAGUGCCGCGUGUCAAAUGAUCUGCCCGUAUGCUCCUGCCUCGAAAACUUUGUGGGAGCACCACCCAACUGCAAACCAGAAUGUACCGUCAAUGCAGAAUGUCCCCAGAACAAGGCUUGCCACAAGUUCAAAUGUGCCAAUCCUUGUGCUGGCACUUGUGGCAUUGAUGCCAAAUGUGAAGUGAUCAACCAUAACCCGAUUUGCAGUUGUGCCUUGGAUAUGACCGGUGAUCCAUUUACAAGAUGUUAUCCGGCUCCCGAAGAGCCCAAGGAUGCUCCAAAACCAUCCAAGAAUCCAUGCGUGCCUUCGCCCUGUGGACUCUAUUCCGAAUGUCGAGUGAGUGGAGAUCAGCCGUCGUGCUCUUGCCUGCCCAACUAUAUUGGAUCACCACCAAAUUGCCGUCCAGAAUGUGUUGUCAACACUGAUUGUCCAUCUGAUCUGGCGUGUAUUGCCGAGAAGUGUCGCAAUCCUUGUGAUGGCACCUGUGGCAUUAAUUCCGAGUGCCGCAUACAAAAUCAUUUGGCAAUCUGUACCUGUCGCACUGGCUUCACCGGAGAUCCAUUCUCUCAAUGUAUUGAAAUUAUUGAAGAAAAGACUCAAACUCCUGUGGAAAGUGAUCCAUGCAGUUUGCAGCCAUGUGGAGCCAAUGCUGAAUGCCGUCCCGGUGGAGUGUGUGUCUGUUUGAGAGACUAUCAAGGAGAUCCCUAUGUCGGAUGCCGUCCUGAAUGUACUCUGAGCACAGACUGUUCACCCAACAAGGCUUGCUUGAAUAAGAAGUGUGUUGAUCCCUGCCCCGGAACCUGUGGCCAAAAUGCCCAAUGUGAUGUCAACAACCACAUACCGGCUUGUACUUGCCCUAAGGGUUAUACUGGAGAUGCAUUCGUCAAUUGUCGUCAAGUGGUGCGUCAAGAGGAACCAAUUGAUUUCUGUCGCCCCAAUCCAUGCGGUCCCAACAGUGUGUGUCAAGUUACGCCCCAAGGUCCAAAAUGUGCCUGUCAAAUGGGUAUGUUGGGCUCCCCGCCAGCCUGUAAACCUGAAUGUAUUGUCAGCUCUGAGUGUUCGCUACAAAUGGCUUGCAUCAAUCGUAAAUGUGUUGAUCCCUGCCCCGGAGCUUGUGGCCAAUUUGCCAGAUGUCAAGUUAUCAAUCACAAUCCAAUUUGUACUUGCAAUACUGGUUACACUGGUGAUCCAUUCACCCGAUGCUAUGAAGAACCAAAGAUAGAGGCACCACGCGAACCCAAACAUCCAUGUGUGCCAUCACCAUGUGGCCCCAACUCAGAAUGCAAAGAGGUGGGCGAUAGCCCAGCAUGUUCGUGUGCUGCCAAUUUCUUGGGUACACCACCAAAUUGCCGACCAGAAUGUACCAUCAAUCCCGAGUGUCCAUCGACGAAGGCUUGUAUACGCCAGAAAUGUGAAGAUCCCUGUAUCGGUUCGUGCGGUUUCAAUGCCCGCUGUACCGUUGCCAAUCAUAUGCCGAUUUGUAGCUGUGAAGCAGGUUUCACCGGAGAUCCAUUUUCAAGCUGUCAACCAAUACCAGAACGAGUUGUCAACGAACAAAUCACACCCUGUGAACCCAAUCCAUGUGGUUCGAAUGCCGUGUGCCGUGAACAAAACGGUAUUGGUUCCUGUCAAUGUCUACCCGAAUAUUUCGGUGAUCCAUAUCAAUCAUGUCGUCCCGAAUGUCUGCGCAAUUCCGAUUGUCCCACGACACGUGCCUGCACGCAAAAUAAAUGCACCGAUCCCUGUCCGGGUACCUGUGGUUCGAAUGCCAUAUGUACGGUAACAAAUCACAUACCAUCAUGUUCCUGUUUGCCAGGUUAUACGGGUGCUCCGUAUAGUUUUUGCCACAGGGCACCAGAGCAACCAAUUCGUCUCCAAGAACCCUCAAAUCCCUGUUCACCAUCGCCAUGUGGUCCCAAUUCUCAGUGUCGGGAAUUAAAUGGUCAGGCGGUAUGUUCUUGUUUGGAGAACUUUAUUGGUCUGCCGCCGGCCUGUAGGCCAGAAUGUGUUCUAAGUUCCGAAUGUGCCAGCGAUAGGGCCUGCAUCAAUCAACGUUGUCAAGAUCCUUGUCCAGGCACCUGUGGUCUCAACACGGAAUGUCGUGUACGCAAUCACAGCCCAUUGUGUCAAUGUAGGCCCGGAUUUACGGGUGAUGCCUUCACAAGAUGUUUCCCCAUACCACCUCCUCAAGUCAUUAUAAAGGAUAUCGUACAGCGUGAUCCUUGUCAACCCUCACCGUGUGGUCCCAAUUCACAGUGUCGCAAUAAUCAGGGUGUACCCUCAUGUACAUGCCUGCCCAAUUAUAUGGGCGCACCGCCAAAUUGUCGGCCAGAAUGUUCGAUAAGUGCCGAAUGUGCCUCGGACAGGGCAUGCAUACGGGAACGUUGCAUAGAUCCUUGUCCAGGUUCAUGUGGUUUUUCGGCCGUUUGUAAUGUGGUAAAUCACACACCGGUUUGUACCUGUCCUGAGGGUUACACAGGUGAUCCAUUUAGUUCAUGUAGUCCGGCACCUCCUGAAGAGGUUUACAAUGAACCAACAGAUCCUUGCCGUCCCUCACCAUGCGGACCAAAUGCUCAAUGUCGAAAUGGCAUUUGCUCUUGCCUGCCCGAAUAUCAAGGUGAUCCAUAUCGUGGUUGUCGUCCCGAAUGUGUAUUGAAUGCCGAUUGUAGCCGUGACAAGGCUUGUUCACGCAGCAAAUGUGUGGAUCCUUGUCCGGGUACUUGUGGUGACAAUGCCAUUUGUGAGGUUAUCAAUCACAUACCCAUGUGCCGAUGCCCGGAGGGCACAGCUGGAAGUGCCUUUAUUAGGUGUUCUCCUCAGCAAAAAUUGAUGACUCCCACAAAACCCUGUCAACCCUCGCCGUGUGGUCCCAAUUCACAGUGUCGCGUCAUAAAUCAACAACCAGUCUGCUCUUGUCUACAAGGUUUCAUAGGUGCUCCUCCUCUCUGUCGCCCCGAAUGUACCUCCAACUCGGAGUGUCCACCAACUCAGGCCUGUUUGAAUCAAAAAUGCCGCGAUCCAUGCCCUGGAACAUGUGGAGUUCGGGCACAAUGUUCGGUUGUCAAUCACAGUCCCUUCUGUACCUGUGCCAACGGUUUUACCGGAAAUCCAUUUGUCAGUUGUCAGCGCAUAAUUGAACCGGUACGGGAUGUUGUUCCCCAAAAUCCCUGCAAUCCUUCACCAUGUGGCCCCUACUCCAGGUGUAAACCCAUAGGCGAGGCACCAUCCUGCUCAUGUUUGGAGUCAUACAUUGGAGUGCCACCAAAUUGCCGUCCAGAAUGUGUUACCAGUUCAGAUUGUGCCAGUAACUUGGCCUGCAUUAAUCAAAAAUGUGUCGAUCCCUGUCCAGGACGUUGUGGCCUAAAUGCCGACUGUAGAGUAGUUAGUCAUGCCGUGCAGUGUGUGUGCUUUGAGGGUUACACGGGAGAUCCAUUUGUCCAGUGUUCCCCAGCCCUGGAAAGAGAUGUCAUUGAAGUGCUCACUCCCUGCAGCCCAUCACCAUGUGGACCGAAUGCGGUUUGCCGAGAACGUAAUGGAGCUGGAUCAUGCACCUGCCUGCCAGAAUAUUUCGGCAACCCGUAUGAAGGUUGUCGUCCCGAAUGUCUACUCAAUUCCGAUUGUCCCUCGAAUAAGGCUUGUCUGCAACAAAAAUGUCAAGAUCCCUGUCCUGGAACCUGUGGACAAAAUGCUGAAUGUCAAGUGGUAAAUCAUUUGCCAACAUGCAAUUGCUUGCCGGGUUAUAUUGGUGAUCCUUAUCGUCUUUGUCAAAUGCCCGCAGAACCGAUACGCAAUGAAUAUGUCAAUCCUUGCCAACCCUCGCCAUGUGGCCCCAAUUCCCAGUGUCGUGAGGUAAAUACCCAGGCAGUAUGCUCAUGCUUGCCUGAAUUUAUUGGGCAACCUCCGGCCUGUCGACCGGAAUGUACAAUUUCCUCAGAGUGUCCCGCGGACAAGGCUUGUGUUAACCAGAAAUGUGUUAAUCCAUGUGCCAAUUCGCCAUGUGGACAAAAUGCCGAGUGUAGGGUUCGCAAUCACAGUCCUUUGUGUUCUUGUAAUCGUGGUUAUACCGGUGAUGCCUUCACCAGAUGUUAUCCCAUACCACCACCACCACCACCUCAAGUGGAACGUGAAGAAAUCCGUGAUCCAUGUGUGCCCUCGCCUUGUGGACCUAAUUCGGAAUGUCGCAAUAGCAAUGGUGUACCCUCAUGUUCGUGUCUGGUCACAUUUAUUGGCCAGCCACCGAAUUGUAGACCUGAGUGUACCAUAAAUUCAGAAUGUCCCUCACAACAGGCUUGCAUCAAUCAGAAAUGUAGAGAUCCUUGCCCUGGAGCAUGUGGUUUCAAUGCCAUUUGUCGUGUCAUAAAUCACACACCAUCGUGUGCUUGUCAGGAGGGUUACAUUGGUAAUCCAUUUACUAGCUGCUCUCCCAAACCGCCAGAACCUACCUCUCCUCCUCGUUUGGAUGAUCCUUGCAACCCCUCGCCCUGCGGCCCUAAUGCCCUUUGUAAUAACGGCCAGUGUUCUUGCAUAGCCGAAUAUCAAGGUGAUCCUUAUGUCGGUUGCCGACCAGAGUGUGUUCUCAAUACGGAUUGUCCUCGCAACAGGGCUUGUAUCCAAAAUAAAUGCAUGGAUCCAUGUCCUGGAACAUGUGCCGAUACGGCCAUAUGUGAGGUUCACAAUCACGUACCAAUGUGCCAUUGUCCCGAAGGAAUGACGGGAAAUGCCUUCUUCGACUGUCGUGCCAUACCAACUCCUGUGCCAACAAACCCUUGUCAACCCUCACCAUGUGGUCCCAACAGUCAAUGUCGUGUUGUCCAGGAUACAGCCGUUUGCUCAUGUCUACCCAAUUUCAUUGGCAGUCCUCCACAAUGUAGACCAGAGUGUACCACAAAUUCUGAUUGUGCACCCGAUCAAGCUUGCCAGAAUUUGAAAUGCCGUGAUCCAUGUCCGGGCACCUGUGGAUUCAAUGCCAUCUGUAACGUUGUCAACCAUGCGCCGUACUGUACCUGCCGCCAAGGCAUGACUGGCGAUCCAUUUGUAAGAUGUGAACCUGUUUUGGAACCAAUUAGAGAUGUUAAGACACCCGUCAAUCCAUGUGUUCCCUCACCCUGUGGUCCCAACUCGGAAUGUCGUGUCAAUGGAGAUUCACCAUCAUGUUCCUGCCUGCCAGAAUUCAUUGGAGCUCCACCGCAAUGUCGCCCAGAAUGUAUUUCCAAUUCUGAGUGUGCUUCUAACAUGGCCUGCAUAAAUCAAAAAUGCCGCGAUCCCUGUCCAGGAUUGUGUGGACAGAAUGCUCUGUGUAGGGUGUUCUCACACACACCAAUGUGUUUGUGUGAGCAAGGUUUUACCGGAGAUCCCUUCACGGUGUGUAGUCCAGUACAGCAAGCACCACCAGAAGUUUUGAGGCCUUGUGAUCCCAGUCCCUGUGGUGCCAAUGCCAAAUGUGAAGAACGCGCCGGUGCCGGAUCAUGUCAGUGUCUGCCAGAUUACUUUGGCAAUCCCUAUGAAGGUUGUCGCCCUGAAUGUGUCUUAAAUUCGGACUGUCCAUCUAAUAAGGCUUGCCGUAAUCAAAAAUGUGUGGAUCCUUGCCCCGGAACUUGUGGUCAAAAUGCCGAGUGCCAAGUUAUAAAUCAUUUGCCCUCAUGUAACUGCUUCGCUGGUUAUACCGGAGAUCCGUAUAAUUUCUGCUCUGUAGUAAGAGAUGAACCCAUACGUGAAUAUGUAAAUCCCUGCCAACCUUCGCCAUGUGGUCCCAAUUCUCAGUGUCGGGAAGUUAAUCAACAGCCCGUCUGUUCUUGCCUCCCAGACUACAUUGGCUCACCACCAGCCUGUAGGCCGGAAUGUACAUCCAGUUCGGAAUGCGCCGCCGACAAGGCUUGCAUUAAUCGUAAAUGUGCCGAUCCUUGUCCUGGCGUGUGUGGUCAAAAUGCUGUGUGCAAUGUAAGAAAUCAUAGCCCCAUAUGUUCGUGUAGCAACGGCUUUACUGGUGAUGCUUUCUUACGUUGCUUCCGCAUACCACCGAAGCAAUCCGAACCGGUUGUCCAACAACCACCCAGAGAUCCAUGUGUACCAUCGCCCUGUGGUCCCAAUGCACAAUGUCGUAAUGUGGGCGGUACACCGUCCUGCUCAUGUCUACCCAACUUCUUGGGUUCACCGCCACAAUGCCGACCCGAAUGUACCAUCAAUUCGGAAUGUGGCUCCGCCCAGGCUUGCAUUAAUGAAAAGUGUAGAGAUCCAUGUCCCGGUUCUUGUGGCAGUAAUACAGUUUGUUUUGUGCGUAGCCACACACCGAUUUGUAGCUGCCAACCCGGUUAUACCGGAGAUCCAUUCACUGUUUGUAAUCCUAUACCACCGCCACAGACCGAAAUUGUGCCUGCCGACGAUCCUUGCAAUCCUUCGCCAUGCGGUGCAAACGCUCAAUGCCGUGAUGGACAAUGCUCCUGCCUGCCAGAUUACCAUGGUGAUCCCUACACUGGUUGCCGACCUGAGUGUGUUUUGCACACAGACUGUGCCCGUGAAAGGGCUUGUGUUCGUCACAAGUGUGUGGAUCCUUGCCCAGGAACUUGUGCCUCGAAUGCCAUAUGCGAAGUAGUCAAUCACAUACCAAAUUGUAGGUGUCCAGAAGGUAUGCAGGGUAAUGCUUUCACCUUCUGCUCUCCCAUUCCAAAACAAGAUAUACCCUCAAAUCCCUGCCAACCAUCACCAUGUGGUCCGAACUCUCAGUGUCGCGAAAUCAAUGGACAAGCCGUGUGUUCUUGCAUUGAAGGUUAUAUGGGAAGCCCUCCAUUGUGCCGCCCAGAAUGUACCACCAAUUCAGAGUGUCCUCUCAAUCAGGCUUGUCUGAAUCUAAAAUGUUCUGAUCCAUGUCCGGGAGUUUUUGGUCGCAAUGCCAUUUGUCAUGUCAGCAAUCACAGUCCGUUCUGUAAAUGUCCCGACAGAUAUGAUGGCAAUCCGUUUGUAAGUUGUCAACCCAUGCGAGAUCAGCCUACACCACCAGCACCCAAACAACCUUGCCAGCCGUCACCUUGUGGUCCUUAUGCCCAGUGCCGUGAGAUUGGCGAGACACCUUCAUGUACCUGCCUACCCGAUUAUGUGGGAGCACCGCCAAACUGCCGCCCUGAAUGUGUUACCAGUUCCGAAUGUCCUUCGAACCAGGCAUGUAUCAACCAAAAAUGUAAAGAUCCCUGUCCGGGAUUGUGCGGCAGCGGUGCUGAAUGUAGAGUGGUGUCGCAUACACCAAGUUGCUAUUGUCCAGCCGAGUUUGAGGGCGAUCCAUUUGUUCAAUGUGUUCGCAAACAGCCUGUUCCCCAACUGGAACAAGUUGAUCCAUGCAAUCCAAGUCCGUGUGGCCCUAAUGCCCGUUGUACCCAACGAAACGGUGCCGGUUCAUGUCAAUGUUUCCCUGAAUACUUUGGUAAUCCCUACGAAGGCUGCCGUCCCGAAUGUGUUUUGGACUCUGAUUGCGCCAGCAACUUGGCUUGUCAAAACAUGAAAUGUCGUGACCCCUGCCCCGGUACAUGUGGUCAGAAUGCCAUCUGUAACGUCUUGAAUCAUAGGCCUAAUUGUGUUUGCAUACCGGGUUAUGCUGGAGAUCCAUAUCGUUUGUGUUCGCUCGAAAAACAACCAAUCAAAGAAUAUGUCAAUCCUUGCCAGCCUUCACCAUGUGGCCCUAAUUCUCAGUGUCGUGAAAUUAAUGAGCAACCGGUUUGCUCUUGCUUGCCAGAAUAUAGCGGCAGUCCACCAUUAUGUAGACCUGAAUGUACAAUUUCAUCGGAAUGUGCAUUCGACAAGGCUUGUGUCAAUCAAAAGUGUGUUGAUCCCUGUCCGGGAACCUGUGGCACAAAUGCCAUUUGUAAGGUCCGUAAUCACAGACCAUUGUGUUCGUGUAGAGCCGGUUUCACCGGAGAUCCAUUCUUUAUGUGUCGACCAAUACCUCCUGAACCUCCGGUCCAAGAGGUACAAAAAACACCCGUCGAUCCUUGCUUCCCAUCGCCAUGUGGCCCCAAUUCAGUGUGUCGAAAUGUGGGAGAUUCACCAGCAUGUUCUUGUCUACCAAAUUACAUUGGAGCGCCACCUCAAUGCCGACCUGAGUGUGUGGUCAACUCAGAUUGUCCCAGCAGUGAGGCUUGCAUUAAUGAGAAAUGUCGCAAUCCUUGUGUGGGUGCCUGUGGUCUUGGAGCUCUGUGUGAGGUUAAUAAUCACACUCCAAACUGUAGAUGUCCUGCAGGUUAUACCGGGGAUCCAUUUACCGCGUGUAGCCCAGCACCACCACCUCCACCAACACCCACCGUCAAAGACGAUCCUUGCAAUCCUUCACCCUGCGGUCCCAAUGCUCGUUGUGAUGAUGGUGUUUGUACUUGCCUACCCGAAUAUCAAGGAGAUCCCUACAGCGGCUGUCGCCCUGAAUGUGUUUUAAAUUCAGAUUGUUCCCGUGAUUUGGCAUGUAUACAAAACAAAUGUCGCGAUCCGUGUCCGGGAACUUGUGCCGCAAAUGCCCUUUGCCAAGUUAUAAAUCACAUUCCAAUGUGUUCAUGUCCCGAGGGCAUGACGGGCAAUGCAUUUGUUGUCUGCUCUCCUGUACCAACUCGUGUUCAAACGAAUCCAUGUCAGCCAUCUCCCUGUGGACCAAAUUCACAGUGUCGCGUUGUUAAUUCUCAGGCUGUAUGCUCUUGUCUUCCCUCAUUUUUGGGUACCCCACCGGCUUGCAGACCGGAAUGUACGGCAAAUCAGGAAUGUCCAGCCAAUUUGGCAUGUGUCAAUCAGAAAUGUAUUGAUCCAUGUCCCGGAGCUUGUGGCCGUAAUGCUCAAUGUUCGGUGACCAAUCAUAGCCCUUACUGUACAUGUGUGGCCGGUUAUACAGGAAAUCCAUUUGUGGCGUGUCAGCAAAUCAUUGAACCCAUACGAGAGGAUCCUGUACCCAAGGAUCCAUGUCGUCCCUCACCAUGUGGACCCAAUUCGGAAUGUCGGGUUGUGGGAGAAACACCCUCAUGUGCAUGCCUCGAAGGAUUUGUGGGUACGGCACCCUAUUGCAGACCAGAAUGUGUUUCGAAUUCGGAAUGUCCCAGCAACCAGGCUUGUGUCAAUCAAAAGUGUAAAGAUCCCUGUGUUGGACUGUGUGGAGCCUCGGCCCAGUGCCGUGUUGUAUCCCAUACUCCAAUGUGUACUUGUUCCGAAGGUUUUACUGGAGAUCCAUUCACUCUCUGCACACCCAUACCGGUGCAAAUACGCGAUGAACCAGUACGACCCUGUGAUCCCUCGCCAUGUGGAGCAAAUGCCCAAUGUUUGGAACGCAACGGCGCCGGAGCCUGUCAAUGUCUGCCUGAAUACUUUGGCAAUCCCUACGAAGGAUGUCGUCCGGAAUGUGUCGUGAACUCGGACUGUCCCACCAAUAAGGCAUGUCAAAAUCAAAAAUGCCAAGAUCCCUGCCCCGGAACAUGUGGCAGCAAUGCAGAAUGUUCGGUACUGAAUCAUGCGCCUACCUGUAAUUGCCUUGCCGGAUUCACUGGAGAUCCGUACAGUUAUUGUGUUAAGCCGCAAGAACCCAUACGCCAUGAAUAUAUCAAUCCAUGUCAACCAUCACCGUGUGGUCCCAACUCUCAAUGCCGGGUCAUCAAUGACCAGGCCGUGUGCUCAUGCCUGGCAGAUUUUGUCGGUGUGGCACCAGACUGUAGGCCCGAGUGCACAGCCAAUUCCGAGUGUCCCCUGGAUAAGGCUUGCAUCAAGCGUAAAUGUUCAGAUCCCUGUCCAGGUGUGUGCGGUUUGAAUGCCGAUUGUCGUGUACGAAAUCAUAGUCCACUGUGUAGCUGUCGUCCCGGAAUGACGGGUGAUGCCUUUGUGCGUUGUUCUCCGGAGCCAACCAUAAGACCUCCUCCGAUUAAGGAUGUACAAGUGUAUCGUGAUCCAUGCGUGCCCUCGCCCUGUGGCCCAUACUCAGAUUGCCGUAAUCAAAAUAAUCAACCUUCCUGUUCUUGUUUGCCCAGUUAUAUAGGUUCUCCUCCCAAUUGUAGACCUGAGUGUAGUAUUAAUGCAGAUUGUGGCUCUAAUCAGGCUUGUAUUAAUGAAAAAUGUCGUGAUCCCUGUGUGGGUGCAUGUGGUCUCAACACCGAGUGCUCGGUGAUGAAUCACAUACCCUCAUGCAGAUGUCAAAUAGGUUAUAUAGGUGAUGCCUUUGUGGCAUGUAGACCCGAACCACCACCACCAGUUUUAAUCAAGGAUGCACCACGUGAUCCAUGUUCGCCCAACCCAUGUGGUACGAAUGCCAUUUGUUCGGGCGAUGGUGUCUGCACCUGUUUGGCUGAUUAUCAAGGAGAUCCCUACAGAGCCUGUAAACCGGAAUGUGUUUUGAAUUCCGAGUGUCCAUCGAACAGAGCUUGUAUAAAUCAAAAUUGUCGUGAUCCCUGUCCGGGAACAUGUGCCCCUAACGCCUUGUGUGAGGUGCACAAUCAUGUGCCCAUGUGCCACUGUCCCGCCGAUAUGACGGGUAAUGCUUUCGUUUUCUGUCAAGUCAUACAAAAAACUGAGGUUUAUCGCAAUCCUUGCCAACCUUCUCCCUGCGGUCCCAAUUCCCAAUGUCGUGAAGUUAACUCGCAAGCUGUCUGCUCUUGUCUGCCCAAUUAUUUGGGUUCACCACCGAGCUGCCGUCCAGAAUGUAUUACAAACUCGGAAUGUCCUGCAAAUCUAGCAUGCCAAAAUCAAAAGUGUGUAGAUCCUUGUCCCGGAACCUGUGGUCGUUUUGCUCAAUGCAAUGUUGUCAAUCAUAGUCCAUUCUGUGCCUGUCUAGAGGGUUACACCGGUAAUCCCUUUGUCCAGUGUCAACGCAUAAUUGAACCCCAAAGAGAUGUGGAACCAGCAAAUCCCUGUCAACCUUCUCCAUGUGGACCCAACAGCCUCUGUAAAACAGUGGGUUCUUCGCCUGCCUGUUCGUGUCUCAGUGAAUUUGUGGGACAACCACCCAAUUGCCGACCAGAAUGUGUAACCAAUUCGGAAUGUGCCAACAAUCAAGUUUGCCAAAAUCAAAAAUGUCAAGAUCCCUGUCCUGGCCUCUGUGGCCAAAAUGCUCUUUGCCGUGUGAUAAGUCACACGCCCAUGUGUUAUUGUGAAACUGGCUAUAUGGGCGAUCCAUUUGUGUUGUGUUCUCCCAUACCCCAAAGGCAAGAAAUUGAGUCACUUGAUUCCUGUAAUCCGUCGCCGUGUGGAGCGAAUACAGUUUGCUUACAACAGAACGGUGUGGGAUCCUGCCAAUGUCUACCCGAAUACUUUGGCAAUCCCUACGAAGGUUGUCGCCCCGAAUGUGUUGUGAAUUCCGACUGUGCCUCAAAUAGGGCCUGCGUUAAUCAGAAGUGUGUUGAUCCAUGUCCCGGUACUUGUGGCCAAAAUGCUGAGUGCUUUGUACGCAAUCAUUUGGCCACCUGUAAUUGCCUCUUUGGGUAUCAAGGAGAUCCUUAUCGUUACUGCAGCAAAGAAGAGAAACCCAUCGUCAAGGAAUAUGUCAAUCCUUGCCAACCCUCACCUUGUGGACCCAACUCCCAGUGUCGGGUGUUGAAUGAACAAGCCGUUUGUUCUUGUUUGCCUGAAUUUGUUGGCACACCACCAACAUGUCGUCCCGAAUGUACCUCCAGCUCGGAAUGUCCCAACGAUAGGGCUUGCAUUAAUCAAAAAUGUCAAGAUCCUUGCCCGGGAGUUUGUGGUCAACAAGCCGAGUGUAAUGUGCGCAAUCACAUACCUCUUUGUUCGUGUCAAUCCGGUUAUACCGGUGAUCCAUUUACUCGUUGUUAUCCCAUACCACCUCCGCCACCGAUUAGACAAAGUGAACCCAUUCGCGAUCCUUGUACCCCCUCCCCGUGUGGCCUCAAUGCCCAGUGUCGCAAUGUCAAUGGCCAGGCCUCGUGCUCAUGUCUGCCCCAGUAUCUGGGAGCGCCACCAAAUUGCCGUCCCGAAUGCACCACAAGCAGUGAAUGUCCUCUAAACCAGGCCUGCAUAAACAUGCACUGUCUGGAUCCUUGUCCCGGUUCGUGUGCCUACAAUGCCUUGUGUAGAGUACAAAAUCAUAUACCAUCCUGUUAUUGUCCCCAAGGAUAUGUGGGAGAUCCAUUUACCAGCUGCCAAUUGGCACCGGAACCCAAACCCGUACAAGCCGAAGAUCCUUGCAAUCCCUCGCCGUGUGGUCCCAAUGCCCAGUGUUCUAAUGGUCAAUGCUCUUGCUUGCCAGAAUACCACGGUGAUCCAUAUGUCGCCUGCCGUCCAGAAUGUGUUCUCAACACCGAAUGUCCCUCGAAUAGGGCGUGCAUAAAUCAAAAAUGUGUUGACCCUUGUCCCGGAACCUGUGCCUCAAAUGCCCUCUGUGAUGUGUACAAUCACGUGCCCAUGUGCCGUUGCCCUGAUGGCAUGACUGGCAAUGCUUUCACACUAUGUGAAGCGGAACGCCAACCCGUGAGAAUUCAAGAUCCAUGUCAGCCAUCACCUUGUGGUCCCAACAGUCGCUGUAGAGUUAAUCAGAAUACCGCCAUCUGUUCGUGCAUUGAAAAUUACAUUGGCAAUCCGCCAUCGUGCAGGCCAGAGUGUAGCAUCAAUUCCGAUUGUGCCCCACAUCAAGCAUGUCAAAAUCAAAAAUGUGUAGAUCCCUGUCCAGGUUCUUGUGGUCUGAAUGCUCUUUGCCAUGUGGUCAAUCAUGCGCCCAUUUGUGUAUGUCCCACACGUUAUUCGGGCAAUCCAUUCGUUAGCUGCCAGCCGAUUAUUGAACAACCCAUAAAAUUGAAGGAUAAACCGAAUCCAUGCCUACCUUCGCCAUGCGGUCCCAACUCGGAAUGCCGUGUCAUAGGAGAUUCACCGUCCUGCAGUUGUUUGCCGUCCUUCAUUGGAACGCCACCCAAUUGCCGCCCAGAAUGUAUUGCCAAUUCGGAUUGUCCCUCGAACAGGGCUUGUAUCAAUCGCAAAUGUCAAGAUCCUUGUCCCGGGGUGUGUGGUGCGAAUGCCUUAUGUUCUGUGAUCUCUCACACGGCCAUGUGUACUUGUGCUCCUGGCUACAGUGGAGAUCCAUUUACAGGCUGUUCCAUACCACCUGUGAGAAUAUCGGAUCCCAUAUCACCAUGUGUACCCAAUCCUUGUGGGGCCAAUGCCGUUUGUAGACAAGAAAAUAAUGCUGGCUCAUGUCAGUGUCUGGCCAACUACUUUGGCAAUCCUUAUGAGGGUUGCCGUCCCGAGUGUGUGGCCAAUUCGGAUUGUGCCUCAAACAGAGCGUGUGUCAACCAGAAAUGUGUUGAUCCCUGUCCGGGUGUUUGUGGCCUGAAUGCCUUGUGUAAUGUCGUUAAUCAUUUGCCCACAUGUCAGUGUAUGCCCGAGUUUGUAGGUGAUCCCUAUCAGAGUUGCCAAUUGCCGAUAAAACCCAUUCUCAAAGAAUAUGUUAACCCCUGCCAACCCUCGCCCUGUGGUCCCAACUCCCAAUGCCGCGAAAUAAAUCAACAAGCCGUUUGUUCUUGCCUCCCCGAAUACAUUGGAACGCCGCCCAGCUGUCGUCCAGAGUGUACCACAAAUUCGGAAUGCAGCUUUGACAAGGCUUGUGUACAACGUAAAUGCGUCGAUCCUUGCCCGGGAUCUUGUGGAUCGAAUGCCAAUUGUCGUGUUGUCAGUCAUUCGCCAAUAUGUUCAUGCCAGCCGGGUUAUACUGGUGAUGCCUUUACCCGUUGCUAUCCCAUACCGCCCACGCCAGUAGCGGAACCUCCGCGUGAUGUUUCCCUGAACCCUUGCCUGCCAUCGCCAUGUGGCCAAUAUUCACAGUGUCGCGAUAUCGGCGGCGCUCCUUCAUGUUCUUGCCUACCCGCCUAUGUGGGAUCUCCACCCAAUUGUAGACCAGAAUGUACCGUCAAUUCUGAUUGUCCCAGUUCUUUAGCCUGUAUUAAUCAAAAAUGUCGCGAUCCCUGCCCCGGGGCAUGUGGCUUCAAUGCAGAGUGUCAUGUCAUCAAUCACACCCCAACAUGCCAAUGCCAGCCGGGCCUAGUGGGAGAUCCGUUUGUCAAUUGUCAUGCUGCCCCCGUGGAACCUCAACGCAGUCCAAUUGAACCGCAAGAUCCUUGUGUACCAUCACCCUGCGGUGUAAAUGCCAUUUGCCGGGAGGGCCAGUGUUCUUGUCCGCCAGACUAUCUGGGAAAUCCUUUGAUACGCUGUCAACCAGAAUGUGUUUUGAAUUCCGACUGCCCCUCCAAUCGGGCGUGUAUACAACAAAAAUGUAGAGACCCCUGCCCCGGCACCUGUGCUUCCAAUGCCAUCUGUGAGACCCAUCAGCAUGUGGCAAUGUGUCACUGCCCCGAGGGUAUGACAGGAAAUGCUUUCACACAGUGUAUGCCUUUGCCACCGCUUCGAGACACUCAACCAUGUCAGCCAUCGCCCUGCGGCCCCAAUUCACAAUGCCGUGUCUUGAAUGAUCAGGCCGUCUGCUCUUGUUUACCGGAUUAUAUUGGAGCUCCGCCCUCAUGCAGACCGGAGUGUAGCAAUAACAAUGAAUGUCCCCUUAAUCAGGCUUGUCUGCAACAAAAAUGUCGCGAUCCUUGUCCGGGUUCGUGUGGCACCAAUACUGAAUGCUCUGUUCGCAAUCAUAGCCCAAUUUGUCGCUGUCUCAAUGGAUACAAUGGCAAUCCGUUCAUAGGCUGUGAACGUAUACGAAUUGUGCCUCAAUUGGAUAGCCCCACCAAACCAAAGGAUCCUUGCCGGCCCUCACCUUGUGGCCCCAAUUCGGAAUGCCGUUCCGUAAAUGGCAAUCCCUCGUGUUCGUGCAUGAAAGAUUUUAUUGGUUCUCCACCAAAUUGUCGGCCCGAGUGCGUCACAAAUUCUGAGUGUCCUUCGAAUCAUGCUUGUAUAAAUCAGCAUUGUCGUGACCCUUGCCCUGGAGUGUGUGGUUCCAAUGCCCAAUGCCGUGUUGUAAACCACACUCCUAUGUGUUAUUGCGAAACUGGUUUUACGGGAGAUCCAUUUACUUUGUGCUCACAGCUGCGUGAUAUUAGUCCACCACAGAUUGUCCGACCUUGUGAACCCAAUCCCUGUGGAGCCAAUGCCGAGUGUCUGGAACGUAACGGUGUGGGAGCUUGCAAAUGUUUGGCCGAGUACUUUGGCAAUCCCUAUGAAGGUUGUCGUCCAGAAUGUGUCAUAAAUUCCGAUUGUCCAGCCCAUUUGGCCUGUGUCCAAAACAAGUGUCGCGAUCCUUGUCCCGGCACCUGUGGCCGCAAUGCCAACUGUUUGGUGCGUAACCAUUUGCCCACAUGUAAUUGUUUGAGUGGUUAUACCGGUGAUCCUUAUCUCUACUGUAAUCUGUUACCAGAACCAAUCUACGAUGUUAUUACCAACCCAUGUCAACCUUCACCCUGUGGUCCCAAUUCUCAGUGUCGCGAGGUACAAAAUCAAGCGGUAUGCUCUUGUUUGCCCACCUUUGUGGGACAACCACCAGCCUGCCGUCCCGAGUGUACUUUGUCUAGUGAGUGUGCCUUCGACAAGGCUUGUGUAAAUCAAAAAUGUGUAGAUCCCUGCCCCGGCACCUGUGGCCUAAAUGCCGAAUGUCGUGUACGCAAUCACAGUCCAUUGUGUUCUUGUCUGCCAGGUUUUACAGGCGAUUCAUUUGUGCGCUGCCUACCCAUACCGGCGAAACCAUCCAGUCCCGUCAUUCUAAAGGAUGUUAAACGUGACCCUUGUAUACCCUCACCGUGUGGUUUGAAUGCUCAAUGUCGCGUCAUCAACGAACAGGCAUCAUGUUCGUGUCUCAACAAUUACUUUGGUUCGCCGCCAAAUUGUCGUCCCGAAUGCACCAUCAAUGCCGAUUGUCCGGCAAAUUUGGCCUGCAUUAAUGAGAAAUGUCGCGAUCCCUGUCCCGGUUCAUGUGGCAUAUCGGCUUUGUGUUCUGUAACCGCUCACACACCAAUGUGUUCUUGUCCCUCGGGCUAUGUGGGAGAUCCAUUUACAUCGUGUACACCAAAACCCGUCCAACAGGAACCAAUUACACCCAAGGAUCUUUGCAAUCCAUCACCCUGUGGUCCCAAUGCCCGCUGUGAUAAUGGGCAGUGUUCAUGCUUGUCCGAAUUCGAGGGUAAUCCCUAUGUGGGAUGCCGUCCUGAAUGUGUUUUGAACAGUGAUUGCAGCCGUGAUAAGGCUUGUAUACGCCAGAAGUGUCAGGAUCCAUGUCCUGGUACUUGUGGCAUCGCAGCCAUAUGUGAUGUAAUCAAUCAUGUGCCCAUGUGUAGUUGUCCCGCUCAAAUGACCGGCAAUGCUUUUGUCCAAUGUCUAAAUAUUGAAACUCCUGUGCAGAAAGAACCCCAACAUCCAUGUCAACCCAGCCCCUGUGGUCCCAAUUCUCAGUGUCGCGAAUUCAACGACCAGGCAGUGUGCUCUUGCUUGCCCAACUAUUUGGGAUCACCGCCUUAUUGUAGACCUGAGUGCAGCAUCAAUUCGGAUUGUUCUCCCAGCAUGGCCUGUGUUAAUCAAAAAUGUCGCGAUCCUUGUCCCGGCUCCUGUGGCCUUCGUGCCGAAUGUCAAGUUGUCAAUCACAUACCACAUUGUAAAUGUCCUGCAGGUUAUACAGGCAAUGCCUUCGUCAUGUGCCAGCUACUGCCACCACCGCCGCCGGUCAAAAUACAAGAAGAACCCCAAAAUCCAUGCAUACCCUCACCAUGUGGUCCCAACUCAGAGUGUCGUAUUGAAAAGGGCUCCGCAUCAUGCUCAUGUCUGGAGAAUUACAUUGGAGCACCACCAAACUGUAGACCGGAAUGUAUUAGUUCUUCUGAGUGUGCCAGCAAUUUGGCAUGCAUUAACAUGCGAUGCCGGGAUCCUUGUCCAGGAGUAUGUGGUGAGAAUGCAGUGUGCCAGGUUGUUAGUCACAUACCGUCUUGCCUUUGUGUCAAUGGUUAUGUGGGUGAUCCAUUCACCCGUUGUCAACCUCCACCUCAGAUUGAACGUGAUCAUGUUACACCCUGCUCACCGAGUCCAUGUGGCAGCAAUGCCAUAUGUCGCGAACAAAAUGGUGCCGGUUCCUGUCAGUGUCUGCCCGACUACUAUGGAAAUCCCUAUGAAGCUUGCCGUCCCGAAUGUGUCCUUGAUUCGGAUUGUCCCUCCAAUAGGGCUUGUCAGAACCAGAAAUGCCGUGAUCCCUGUCCCGGUGUUUGUGGACAAAAUGCCCAAUGUGAUGUCGUCAAUCAUAAGCCUACUUGUUCCUGUUACCAGGGUUACUCUGGCGACCCAUAUAGCUAUUGCAAUGUGAUUAGAGAACGUAAGAAUUAUAGUUGUCCUAUAAGUAGUCCUAGACAUGUGUACUUAGUUUGUAAUUUGUUUGUAGCUAUACGAGAUUAUGUGAAUCCUUGUGUGCCCUCGCCCUGUGGUCCCAAUUCACAGUGCAGUGAGUUGGAGGGCCAGGCGAGAUGUUCAUGUUUGCCCGACUAUGUGGGUGUACCGCCCAGCUGUAGACCUGAGUGUACGGUGAACUCGGAGUGUCCCGCCACCAAGGCUUGUAUCAAUCGCAAAUGUCAGGAUCCAUGUCCUGGUGUUUGUGGUGAGCAGGCCGAGUGUCGUGUGAUGCAACAUUUGCCAGUUUGCACUUGUCUCAUUGGUUAUACAGGAAAUCCAUUUACAUUAUGUUAUCCUAUACCGCCCCCACCGCCAGCCCGGGAACCUUAUCGCAACCCUUGUGUUCCGUCACCUUGUGGCCCAUAUAGCCAGUGUAGAGUUAUUCAGGGUGAUCAAUACACUUGUAGUUGCCUACCCUCCUACGUUGGUUCCCCUCCCCAUUGUCGUCCAGAAUGUUUGAUCAACUCGGAUUGUUCCACCAAUUUGGCUUGCAUAAAUGAGCGUUGCCGCGAUCCCUGUCCUGGUUCGUGUGGUUUGAAUGCCCUUUGUUCGGUUACAAACCACAUACCCAUUUGUGUCUGUAGUCAGGGUUAUGUGGGAGAUCCUUUCACUCGUUGCCUGCCGGAAACGAAACCCAUUGCUUCCAUCACACCAAUGGCUGACCCUGAUCCUUGUCAUCCCUCACCUUGUGGGCCGAAUGCCCAAUGUAGAGAUGGAAAAUGUUCAUGUUUGCCCGAAUAUCAUGGAGAUCCCUAUGUGUCGUGUAGACCUGAGUGUAUUCUAAAUGCCGAGUGCCCAAGUAAUUUGGCAUGUGUCAAUCGGAAAUGUCAAGAUCCAUGUCCCGGCACUUGUGCCUCAAAUGCCAUUUGUCUGGUGCAUAAUCAUGUACCGAUGUGUCACUGCAGCGAAGAUAUGGAAGGUGAUGCUUUCGUUUUGUGCCGUCCCAAGCCUAAGCCCAUAAUGGAUUUGCCCAAUCCUUGUGUGCCCUCUCCCUGUGGUCCCAAUGCCCAGUGUCGUGAACAAAAUGGUGUUGCCAUUUGUUCAUGUCUGCCCCAAAUGUUGGGUUCCCCACCAUCCUGUCGUCGCGAAUGUGUUACUGAUUCCGAAUGUGCCGCCAGUCAUGCUUGCAUUAAUCACAAAUGUCAGGAUCCAUGUCCCGGUAGUUGUGGCCAACGUGCCCUGUGUCAUGUGGUAAACCAUAGUCCCAUUUGUUCAUGUCCACCAGGUUAUACGGGCAGUCCCUUCAUACUGUGUCAACAACCAAUGGUUCCACCACCACCAAUUCGAGAUGUAAUACCCCAAAAUCCUUGUGUACCCUCGCCAUGCGGUCCCUACUCACAAUGUGAUCAGGUUCAGGGUUCUGCUUCUUGUAAAUGUUUGCCCAACUAUCAGGGCUCUCCACCCUACUGUCGUCCAGAGUGUAUUUCCAAUUCGGAGUGUCCAUUCAACAAGGCCUGCAUCAAUCAAAAGUGUGAAGAUCCCUGCCCCGGAGUAUGCGGUGCAAAUGCUUUGUGCCGCAGUGUCAACCAUCUGGCCAUGUGUCUAUGUCAAGACGGAUUUGAGGGAGAUCCAUUUACCUAUUGUCGCCCUAUUCCCCAUGACAUACCAACUGCUGUCGUUCAUACACAAAAUCCUCCUCCUUCUCCGCCGCCCCAGCCUGAACAUGUAGAGCCUUGUAUACCCAACCCAUGUGGUCCCAAUGCCGAAUGCCUUUCCAACAAUCGUGUAGGAUCUUGUGUUUGUUUAGCCAACUACUAUGGAAAUCCCUAUGAAGGUUGCCGUCCCGAAUGCGUUCUUAACUCGGAUUGUCCCAAUUCGCGUGCAUGCAUACAAACCAAGUGUCAAGAUCCUUGUCCGGGAACGUGUGGACAAAAUGCCCGUUGUUAUGUUAACAAUCAUUUGCCUUCGUGUUCAUGCUACGAAGGUUACUCCGGUAAUCCUUACAGUAUCUGUCAUCCCAUACAACAAAGAGAACCUAUAGUUGAAUACACAAAUCCCUGUUCACCUUCACCCUGUGGUCCCAAUAGUCAAUGUCGCGUAGUACACCAGCAGGCGGUUUGUUCUUGUCUAGCUGAUUUUAUUGGCACUCCGCCAGCGUGUAGACCUGAAUGUACCACAAAUAGUGAAUGUCCCCUGAAUAGGGCCUGCAUCAAUCAUAAGUGUGCGGAUCCCUGUCCCGGUACAUGCGGUCUCAAUGCCGAUUGUCGUGUUAUUUAUCACAAUCCCAUGUGUUCAUGUUUGUCCGGUUUUGAGGGAGAUGCCUUCACCAGAUGCUAUCCCGUGCAACCCAUUCCCGCCAUUUCCCAUGAACCAACAAUGAGACCCCAAUUCCCAACUGCAUCUCUGCCACCUGUUGUAAUCUAUAAGACAACAACAAGAACUCCAAUAAUUUAUGAAGAAGCCACAACAACAAGACCUCAGCAACAACCUCCGCAUGUUGUUGAAGAGACCACCCGCCCAAUAACUUCCCGGCCACCAAUUAUCUAUGAAGAACGUACAACAACCGCAAAACCUCAGCAGCCACCUCUUGUUAUCAACGAGACACCCAGGCCAUUUACUUCUCGACCUCCAGUCAUUUAUGAAGAAGCCACGACCACAACAAGACCUCAACAGCCACCUCUUGUUAUCAAUGAAACACCCAGGCCAAUAACCUCACGACCACCUGUAAUUUAUGAAGAGCCCACAACAUCGAGACCUCAACAGCCACUUAUCGUUGUCAACGAGACACCUAGGCCAAUAACAUCUCGACCUCCAGUAAUUUAUGAAGAAGCCACGACCACAACAAGACCGCAACAACCACCUCUUGUUAUCAAUGAAACACCCAGGCCAAUAACCUCACACCCACCUGUAAUCUAUGAAGAACCUCAACGUCCAACUUACAGACCAGUCACAUACCAACCCAUUCCCGAACCCAUAAAUCCUUGUUACCCCUCACCUUGUGGACAAUUUGCUCAAUGCCACAAUCGGCAAGGAAUUGCCAUUUGCUCUUGUCUACCCACUUAUGUGGGCACACCGCCCUAUUGUCGUCCAGAAUGUACCAUCAAUUCGGACUGUCCCCCGAACAAGGCUUGUUUCAAUGAGAAAUGUCGCGAUCCCUGUCCUGGUUCCUGUGGCUUCAAUGCCCUUUGCAAUGUCGUAAAUCAUGUACCAAAUUGCGCAUGUGAACCUGGAUUUAUAGGUGAUCCUUUCACCGAAUGUCUACCACCAAAGGUUACAAUUAAAGACAAUGAAAAUCCUCCAGCCUAUGAAGAUCCUUGUAUACCCUCACCAUGUGGUGUCAAUGCUGUCUGCAAUGAUGGUUCUUGUUCUUGUCUGCUCGAAUUUUAUGGUGACCCCUAUGUUGGAUGUCGUCCGGAAUGUGUGCUCAAUGAUGAUUGUGCGCGUGAUAAGGCCUGUGCCAAUCGUAAAUGUCAAGAUCCUUGCCCUGGAGUUUGUGGCAUUCAAGCAAUUUGUGAAGUACGCAACCAUAUACCCAUGUGCUCUUGUCCUGUGGGUAUGAGUGGUGAUGCCUUCAUGCGUUGUGAGCCCGUGAGAGAUGUUGCGAUUGUUGAAAGGCCUCGGGAGAAUCCAUGUUAUCCUUCACCAUGCGGUCCGAAUUCCCAUUGUCUAGAGGUGCGAGGUCAGGCUAUUUGCAGCUGUGUAACAGGUUAUAUGGGUUCCCCGCCCGCAUGCCGUCCGGAAUGUUCUACCAACUCUGAGUGUCCUUCGGAUAAAUAUUGUCUCAAUCAAAAAUGUAGAGAUGCAUGCGUGGGAGCAUGUGGAAUUGGAGCAAUAUGCCAGACGUAUGAUCACACACCACGUUGUUCCUGUCCUCCGCAGUACAUGGGAAAUCCGUUUAUUCGUUGUUCGCCCAUAGGUAGUUUAUAUCACAGCCCCUUUUCUGUCCCGUCACCGACUUUAAUCUUCUCUGGAAAUAUUUUUACAGUUGAACCAAUCCUUGAACCAAUUAGGGAUGUUGCUUCACCAAACCCCUGCCAGCCAUCACCAUGCGGCCCAUACUCAGAAUGCUCCGUUUCGGCUGACAAUAGCGCCAAAUGUUCUUGUCUUCGCGAGUAUGUAGGUCAACCUCCUCGUUGUCGUCCUGAAUGUGUAACAAGUGCCGAAUGUCCCUCGGAUCGAUCGUGUGCUAAUCAAAAAUGCAUUGAUCCUUGUCCGGGUACAUGUGGCCACCAAGCCGAAUGUCAUGUGCGGUCUCAUGCAGCAAUGUGUUAUUGUCCGACGGGCUUUGUCGGAGAUCCGUUUGUCCGCUGCGUUCCACAACAGGAUCCACCAGUGGAAGUUUCCGUGCCAUGUCAUCCCAGCCCUUGUGGGGCAAAUGCUCUUUGCCGUGAACACAAUGGCUUAAGCCUGUGCCAAUGCUUACCCAACUAUUACGGCAAUCCUUAUGAAGUUUGUCGCCCCGAAUGUGUGCGUAAUGCCGAUUGUCCCGCCCAUAAAGCAUGUCAGAAUCUGAAAUGUAUUGAUCCCUGUCCCGGUUCGUGUGGUCACAAUGCCCGUUGUCAAGUGGUUAAUCAUGUGCCCAACUGUGUUUGUUUAAGAGGUUAUGAGGGUGAUCCCUAUAGGCAAUGUCAUAGGCCUUUGGAUGAACCCAAACCUCCAGUUUAUGUGAAUCCUUGUGAUCCCUCACCGUGCGGAGCCAAUGCCCAAUGCCGUGAGGUGAACAACCAAGCCGUUUGCUCUUGCUUACCCGAUUUUGUGGGACCACCACCAGCUUGCCGUCCGGAAUGUGUGGUUAGUUCUGAAUGUCCCUCUGAUAAGGCUUGCAUCAAUCAGAAAUGUAGAGAUCCCUGCCCUGGAGCUUGUGGCCUGAAUGCUGAGUGUCAUGUGAGCAGCCAUAGUCCAUUGUGUAGCUGCAAGCCGGGCUAUACUGGAGAAGCUUUCACACGUUGCUUGCCCGUACCCGUGCCCAAGGAUAAUGAACCCCUACCGCCACCAGUGAAUCCAUGUCUGCCCUCACCCUGUGGUCCUUAUUCGCAGUGCAGAGAAACCAAUGGUGUGGCAUCGUGCAGCUGUUUGCCCAACUAUAUUGGAGCCGCACCCAAUUGCCGCCCCGAGUGUACCAUCAAUGCCGAGUGUGCCAGUAACCAGGCUUGUAUCAAUGAAAAAUGUCGCGAUCCUUGUCCAGGCUCCUGUGGUUUCGAUGCUCUGUGUAAUGUCAUUAAUCAUACUCCCAGUUGCUCUUGCCCAGCGGGUUAUACAGGAGAUCCAUUUACAAGUUGUCGGCAAUUGCCUCCUCCACCACCACCAAAACCAAAAGAUCCCAUUGAUCCCUGCAAUCCAUCACCAUGUGGCUCGAAUUCCGUGUGUCAAAACGGUAAAUGUUCUUGUCUUCCCGAAUACCAUGGCGAUCCUUAUAUUGGCUGUCGUCCAGAAUGUGUUUUGAACUCGGAUUGUGCCCGUAAUCGUGCCUGUGUUCGCAAUAAAUGUGUGGAUCCUUGCCCGGGAACAUGCGGCCAGAAUGCCCUCUGCGAUGUCAUCAAUCACAUUGCCAUGUGCCGCUGUCCGGAACGUAUGACCGGCAAUGCCUUUGUGGCAUGUGAAGCUGUACGAGAAGUACCACCACAAAAUCCUUGCCAACCCUCGCCCUGUGGUCCCAACUCUCAGUGCGUGGAACGCAAUGGCAAUGCUGUGUGUUCCUGCAUCACCGGAUAUUUGGGUAAUCCACCAAAUUGUCGUCUGGAAUGUUACACCAGCUCGGAUUGUUCCCCCAUACAUGCAUGUAUCAAUAAUAAAUGUGUCGAUCCUUGUCCCGGAAAAUGUGGCCUAAAUGCCGAAUGUCAAGCUGUCCAGCAUAGGGCCCAUUGUGAAUGUCUGCGUGGUUAUGAGGGAAAUCCCUACUCAAUUUGUAAUCGUAUAGAAAUACGCCGAGAUCCUCCCAAAACACCCAAGGAUCCUUGUUAUCCCUCGCCGUGUGGCCUCAAUGCGCAAUGCUUGGCUGUCAACGGUCAGGCGAAGUGUUCAUGUUUGGCCGAGUUUAUUGGUGCACCUCCCAAUUGCCGUCCCGAAUGCAGCACCAACGAUGAUUGUCCCAACAAUUUGGCUUGUGUCAAUCAGAAAUGUCGCGAUCCUUGUCCUGGUUCAUGUGGUUUCAAUGCCAAUUGUAUUGUCACCUUGCACAUGGCCAAUUGUUAUUGUCCCACGGGUAUGACCGGCGAUCCGUUCCGCAUGUGUUACGAGCGUAAAGAAAUUUUACCACCACAACGUGAAGAGCCCAAGAAUCCUUGCCGCCCCUCGCCGUGUGGCAGCAAUGCCGAGUGUCGGGUCCGUGGCGAAAGUUUCACUUGUGAAUGUGUACGUGACUAUAUUGGCAAUCCCUAUGAAGGCUGUCGUCCCGAGUGUGUUGGCAACUCCGAAUGUCCUGCCAAUCGUGCUUGUAUACGCCAGAAAUGCGCCGAUCCUUGUCCCGGAACCUGUGGUGUUGAAGCUGUUUGCUCCAUCAACAAUCACAUACCAAUAUGCUCUUGCCCCAACGGCUACACCGGCAAUGCCUUUGUCCAGUGCUCACCAAUUGUGGUGCAGGAAAUUCCCGUGGAAAAACACUCCGAUCCAUGUUAUCCCACACCUUGUGGCCAGAAUACCAUUUGCCGUGUACAAGGCAAGCAGGCAGUGUGUGAAUGUCUGCCUGGAUUCUUUGGAAACCCCUAUGGCCAGGAGUGUCGUCCCGAGUGUACGCUCAGCUCGGAUUGUGCCAAGAACAAGGCCUGUGUCAACAAUAAGUGUGUCGAUCCUUGCCCUGGAGUCUGUGGUUAUGGAGCUGUCUGCCAGACCGUCAAUCACAAUCCCAUCUGUUCAUGCCCCAGCCAAAUGGUUGGCAAUCCAUUUGUGGAGUGCCACGAAGCACCCAAACAAUUGGAACCUGUGGAUCCCUGCAAUCCUUCACCGUGCCGUACAAAUGGUGUAUGUCGUGUGCGCAAUGGCGUUGCCACCUGCUUGUAUCCCGAGUGUGUGGUGAACGAGGACUGUUCACGCGAUCGCACCUGUGUCAAUCAGAAAUGUCGCGAUCCCUGUAUCAAUGCCUGCGGUCUCAAUGCCAUUUGUACCAGUGUCAAUCAUAAGGCUGUCUGUACCUGUCCUGCCGGAUUCUAUGGAUCGCCCUACAACCGUUGCAUGCAACAAAUUGAUGUUGUGCCAGUACCGAAACCGGAAUGUGUCUCGGAUAAUGAUUGCAGCAAUGACAAGGCCUGUGUGAACCAACAAUGCAAGAAUCCUUGUGAACUGGAGAAUAUUUGUGGUCUCAAUGCCCGUUGCCAUGUCCAACGCCACAGACCACUGUGUGUCUGCAAUGAGGGCUAUACUGGUAAUGCCUUGAAUAAUUGUUACCUGAUUGGCUGUCGCUCGGAUGAGGAAUGUCCGGCCACAGAGGCUUGCAUCAAUAAGCAAUGUACCGAUCCCUGCUUGUAUACCCAAUGUGGUAUUCAGGCUAUGUGCCGUUCCGACUACAAUCACAAGGCCAGAUGUCACUGUCCCGAUGGUUAUCGCGGUAAUCCAUUGGUACGCUGUGAAAGACCGGAAUGUACGCGCGACGAUGAUUGUGCUUUUAAUUUGGCCUGUCGCAAUGAACGCUGUGAGGAUCCUUGCAACUGUGGUCUCAACGCUCAGUGUCGUGUCAACAAUCACCAAGCCCAAUGCCGUUGUCCACCUGGUUAUGUGGGCAACCCUGCUGUACGCUGUGACAUCGAAGAGGCCAAGGUUGCACCCCAGUGUACCAUGGAUGCUGAUUGUAGCAGUAAAUUGGCUUGCUUCUCGGGUGAAUGUAAGAAUCCAUGUGUUGUCACCAAACCAUGUGGAGCCAAUGCCAAAUGUUCGGUGGUCGACACAUUGCCUUUGCGUACCAUGAUCUGUGAAUGUGAACCUGGUUAUGUGGGUGAUGCCGAUGUUGGCUGUCGUAAGGAACCUGUACGCGAUCAAGGUUGCCAGUCGAAUGAUGAAUGUCCCUCCACCGAAGCCUGCCGCAAUGGCAAUUGUGUUAAUCCAUGCAUUGAUUCAUCGCCUUGUGCUCGCAGCGCCGAAUGUUUGGCCCAACAACACCGAGCAAUAUGUACCUGUCCCCAAGGAACCCAGGGUGAUCCGUUCGUCAAUUGUUAUCAACCACCUCAAAUCACCGCUGGUUGUACCCACGAUUCGGAAUGCCCACCAACGGCUGCUUGCAUCAACAAACGUUGUCAAGAUCCAUGUGCAGAGGGCAAUCCUUGUGCCGGCAAUGCAGAAUGUAGGGUCCUCAACAAUCGUCCCAUCUGCUCAUGUCCCUCAGGAUGGGGUGGUGAUCCUCAAAUUCAAUGUUUCAAACCCGAAUGUAAGAUCAAUGCCGAUUGCCCCUAUGACAAGUCGUGUAUCAAUGAAAAUUGUGUCAACCCUUGUACCUAUGGCAAUGUACGCUGUGGCACCAAUGCCCAGUGCGAGCCUCAAAAUCACCAAGCCGUUUGCGUGUGUCCAGCCGGUACCCAGGGUAAUCCAUUUGUGUCUUGUAUCACUGGCCAUUGCCAGUACAAUGAAGACUGUGCCGAUCAUGAGGCUUGCGAUCGAUUGAAUCGUGUCUGCCGUCCCGUCUGCGAUGAGGAUACAUGUGCCGUUAAUGCCAUUUGCUUGGCCAGACGUCAUCAGCCCAUGUGUCAAUGCCCAGCCGGCUAUACUGGCGAUCCAUAUCAACAAUGUUUGAUGCCCAAACAACCACCUAGUGUCAAACCCAAACCGGAAUGUACCCAGGAUGCUGAUUGUCCAUCACAGUUGGCUUGCAUUAAUCAGCGUUGUGCCAAUCCUUGUGCUGCUCCACAUGUCUGUACACCAAGACAAACUUGCACCGUCUUGGAUACCCUGCCACUGAGAACCAUGAUUUGCAAGUGUCCAAGUGAUACCAUAACCGAUAAUUCCGGCAAUUGUGUACCGAUAAAACACGAUGUCAUCGUGGGAUGCCAACACAAUGAUGAAUGUGCCAACACCGAAGUAUGCCAGCGAGGAAGCUGCAUUGAUGCCUGUCGCCUGGAACGCUGUGGCGUCAAUGCCCAAUGUUUGUCCAGAGAUCAUUACGCCCAGUGUACCUGCGCCAAGGGUUACGAGGGUAAUCCUAGGGUCGAAUGUCGUGCCGUUGUCUAUGAACAAGGCAAGACACCAGCUGUUGAAUGUACCACCAAUGAUGAUUGUCCUCAUGACAAGACCUGUCGCAAUGAGCGUUGCCGCAAUCCUUGCGUUGACGAGCCUUGUGGUCAUGGUGCAUAUUGUCAUGUGCAAAAUCGCCAGGCCGUUUGUCGCUGUCCCCCAGGCUAUAGCGGGGAACCCAAACAAGGAUGUAUACCACCCCGCGAUGUCAUCACAGUCGGCUGUAAAUCGAACAGUGACUGUCAACUUACAGAGUCCUGUGUCAAUGACCAAUGUAUCAAUCCUUGCAACUGUGGCCCCAACGCCGAAUGUCAAGUACGCAAUCACCAUCCUAUUUGCUAUUGUAAACCUGGCUUCUCGGGCAAUGCCCAAUAUGGCUGCAUGCAAAUCGGUUGCCAAUCGGACGACGAAUGUUCCAGCGAUCAACAGUGCGUCAAUCGUGAAUGUGUUAAUCCUUGUUUGAUUAGUGAUCCUUGCGCCUUGAAUGCCGAAUGCUUUGGCCGUAAUCAUCGGGCCACAUGCCGUUGUCCGGCUGGCAUGCAAGGUGAUCCAUUUGUCCGCUGCAUACGUGUGGAAUGUAAUUCGGAUUAUGAUUGUGCCUCCAAUCAGGCUUGUGUCCAGAAUUUGUGUAUCAAUCCAUGUCGCGAUCAAAGCAAUCCCUGUGCCCAGAAUGCCAUCUGCCAGGCAUUGCAACACCGUGCUGUAUGCAGAUGUCCAGAUAAUAUGCCUCUCGGCAAUGCCUAUGCCUACUGUGAGAGCACACCUCAGGAACCAGUUUGCCGUGAUGAUGGUGACUGUCCAAGUGGCUUGGCCUGUAUCGAUGUCAAGUGUCAAAAUCCUUGUACGGAGCUAUCGCCUUGUGCCGCUUCGGCCCAAUGCAGUGUUCUGGACAGUGUCCCAGUACGCACCAUGGUUUGUGAAUGUCCUACAUCUUAUGUGCCCGACUCAAGGGGCGAAUGUAAACAAUUGGUCCUACAAACUCCAGCUGGAUGUUCUUCAGAUUCCGACUGUUCCGACCAGGAAGCCUGCAUCAAUCGCCAAUGUCGCAACCCUUGCAAUUGUGGUACCAAUGCCCUGUGCCAAGUCAACAACCAUCGCGCCAUCUGCUCCUGCCAAGACGGCUUCGAGGGCAAUCCUUACACUCUGUGUAGAUCAAUUGGCUGCCGUGUGGAUAGCGAAUGUGAUUCGGGCAAGGCCUGUGUCAAUGGCAAUUGCAUUAAUCCCUGCUUGGUUAAGGAUCCUUGUGGCAUCAAUGCCGAAUGUUAUGUCCAGUCGAAUCAGGCCAUGUGCAGAUGUAAGAGCGGAUUCCGUGGCAAUGCCUAUGAACGUUGCCGUGUCAUUGGCUGUCAAUCGAACAACGAUUGUCCUUCGGACAAAUAUUGCUACAACGAACAAUGUGUCAAUCCUUGUGUAUACCAGAAUACCUGCUCACCGCGGGCGGAAUGUCGUGCCCAAAAUCACCUGGCCAUAUGUCGCUGUCCAGCUGGAUUCAUUGGUAAUCCGUACAUCGACUGUUCGCCAGAGGUGCAACCAACUUGCAGACUCGACACAGAUUGUCCUUCGCGCCUGGCUUGUAUUGGCAACGAAUGUGUUGAUCCUUGCCUGGUAUUGGAACCUUGCAACAGACCGGCCCAAUGUGAAGUGACUCCCACAUCACCCGUACGUACUAUGAUUUGUGUUUGCCCCGAUGGCUAUAUCAGCAGUGGAAGUGGCACUUGUCAACCCACCAAGACCAUCAUUGCGGUAGGCGGUUGUGUGGCGGACUCGGAUUGUCCCAGCGAUAAAUCCUGUGUAAAUGGUGUGUGCCGCGAUCCUUGCAACUGUGGCGUGAAUGCCGAGUGCCGUAUUAAGGAUCACAAACCCGUGUGCACUUGUCGUCAAGGCUAUGAAGGUAAUCCCGAAUUUGAAUGUUCCAAGGUGGAAUGUUCUAUCAACUCGGACUGUCCAUCGACACAUGCCUGCCGCAACAAUCUGUGUGUGCCCGCCUGUCAAGGAGAACAGUGUGGCUUGAAUGCCCAAUGUUUGGCUGUGGAACAUCGUGCCGUAUGCCAAUGUAUUCCUGGCUUUAGAGGCAAUGCUCGAAUUUCUUGUACCCCACUGGGCUGCCGUAGUGACAGCGAAUGUCCCGCCGAUAAGGCCUGUGUUAAUGGCAAAUGUGAAAACCCAUGUGAAACGACUGCGGCCUGUGCCAUCGAUGAAGUGUGCAAGGUCUAUCAGCAUCGGCCACAAUGCGCCUGUCCACCAGGAACGGUGGCUCGUCGCAAUGGCUGUGAACCGCUGCGUGACAUACCGAUUUGCCAAUAUGACGGCGACUGCCCCAGCCAGACGGCCUGUAUCCGAGGUGAGUGUAUCAAUCCUUGCAAUGCCACCCAGCCAUGUGGCGUCAAUGCCAAAUGUAAGGUGCUCGACACUGUGCCUGUUCGCACAAUGAUUUGUGAGUGCUUGGAGGGUUACACCGGCAAUGCUGCAGUACAAUGCGACAAGCGCUCCCUGUGUGUCAUUGAAAAGGGCUUUGUAAGAGAUAUUGACGGACAAUGUGUCUGCCCACCUGGAACUGCGUUGGAUGUCUAUGAAUACUGUACUCCUUGCAUUGCAGAGCAAGGCUUUAAGAUUGACGAAACUGGCCACUGUGUAUGCGCCCUGGAAAGAGGCUUCGUCAUUGAUGAACGCGGUCGUUGUAUUUGCCCAACCAAUCAUGGCUACCAUCUGACUAGCAGCGGUGAAUGUAUACCAGAAGUGUUACCCAAAUGCAUUACCAACGAUGAGUGUGCUGAUAAUCGCUUCUGUCACAGCGAAACCAAAACCUGUGAAGAUCCAUGUCUGCUCAAGACAUGCGGUGUCAAUGCCUUCUGUAAUGCUGUAAAUCAUCGUGCCCAGUGUCAAUGUAUUGCUGGCUAUUCCGGUAAUCCCGAUUUGAUUUGCAAUCACACCAAUUUCCGUACCGAUUUCCCAAGACCCGAUAUGGUUGUAUCCUGCUUGGCCGAUGGUGUACAAGUGGAAAUACACAUAACCGAACCCGGAUUCAAUGGUGUUCUCUAUGUCAAGGGUCACAGCAAGGAUGAGGAGUGUAGACGUGUUGUCAAUUUGGCCGGUGAAACUGUGCCACGUACGGAAAUAUUCCGUGUACACUUUGGUAGCUGUGGCAUGCAAGCCGUUAAGGAUGUGGCCAGCUUUGUUUUGGUCAUACAGAAACAUCCGAAACUGGUGACAUACAAGGCCCAGGCGUACAAUAUUAAGUGUGUCUACCAGACGGGUGAAAAGAAUGUCACGUUAGGAUUCAAUGUUUCGAUGUUGACAACGGCUGGAACAAUUGCCAAUACUGGACCACCACCAAUCUGUCAAAUGAGAAUUAUAACACAUGAUGGUGAGGAGAUUAACUCGGCCGAAAUCGGUGAUAAUCUGAAGCUGCAAGUUGAUGUGGAACCAGCAACAAUUUAUGGUGGCUUUGCCAGAUCUUGUAUUGCCAAGACCAUGGAAGAUAAUGUGGAAAAUGAGUACAUUGUCACCGAUGAGAAUGGCUGUGCCACCGAUCCAUCGAUAUUCGGCGAUUGGGAAUAUAAUCCCGAUACCAAUAGCCUUUUGGCCAAUUUCAAUGCCUUUAAAUUCCCCUCCUCCGACAAUAUACGCUUCCAGUGUAACAUACGUGUAUGCUUUGGCAAAUGUCAACCGGUCAAUUGUCGUGGCUAUAAUGCAUUUGGUCGCCGUCGUAGACGUUCCAUUGCCGACAAUUCCACCGAUGAUUCAACAGCGAUUGCCACCAACACCGGUAUGGAGGGUCAACUGAGAGAGGAAAUAACCAUUUCGUCAAAUGCCAUAUUGACAUUUGAGAAGAGAACAACGACGGGAGCUAAUGAUGCAAAUAUCAAACCUGCCGCUCAAAGAGUUGAAGAUAUUUGUGUCUCCAUGGUGGGUCUUAUUAUUGCCUUGGUAAUUACAGCCCUAUUGGCUUUGGUAGCGGUAGCUGUUGCGGUUUCCUGCUGGCUAAUGGCCUAUAGAAGAAGACCCAAGACAUUGGCACCUCUACCUCAUCCACCAGAGUUCCCCAAUCCCCUGUUUGCCAAUCCAGAAGUAGUGCCAGAACCAACACCAGACUAUCUAUCGUAAGAUAUAAGAAACCAACCAACAAAACAAAAACAAAUAUAUAUCCAAAUGUGAGAAAAGAAUAAGAAUUACAAAAUUAAGUUAUAUAAAAAAUGAAAAAAAAAAUUAUAGAAAGAAAGAACAAAAAGAAAAACCUAUUAUUGUAAACACCAAGUGCAAAAAGUUUUAAACAUAUCGAUUUUUUCCUUUUGGCAAAUGACAUUCCAACAACACAAACGCCAAUGAAAGCGUUUCUAAAGAAAAAAACAAAUUUAUUGACAAGAAAAUUAAAAGUAUUUGAAAAUAAUGUAAAAAAAAAAGUUUUAAAAAAAUUAGUUUAGUUGUAAAACACUUUUAUUUUGAAGAAAGAAAGAGAACGUAAAAACCACUAACAUGAGAGUUCCAAAUAGUUUUUCUUCCUUCGAUGCCAAACAGAGUUGCAUUUAAUGCACCCGUAUCAUACCUUUUUCUGUCUUCCUGCCUGCCUAUCCUCCCCUUUAAAAUGUAUAGGAAGUGAUUGUUUUUUUAAUAUAAAUUAAUUUAAUUUAAAAUAUUUAUAUGUAUAAUACUGCCAAAGUUAUAUAACCAACACUGCUUUUAAGUUACAAAUAUUAAAAAAGAGAAGAAAAAACAAACAACGAAUAAGGGCACAAAAGAAAAACAAAACAAAAUAGCAACUCUGUUGAGGUUAUUUCCCGAGAAAGGCAACAACAAACUAUUUGGGAAUUCUCGUACUAACGACAACUUCUUCAUUAGUCAAAAUAUUAUUUCCUUCCACCUUUUUUGUUUCCAUCUAAAAUAGUUGUAUAUAUAGCUCCCUAGUUUCCGUCCAAAAGUCCCAGAAAAUGUACCCAUAUUUCAAAAAGAAACUGCCAUUUAAACAAUGCAAACAAAAAAGACUUUUCCUCAAUGUUUUCAAAUAGUUAGUUAGCCAAACCGCAAAACGGACUAUAGAACCCUAAUAUUCGCCCCCAUUUAAUACUCAGCAAGAAAGUGGUGUAGGGACUUUUAGUUAUUGAUCAAAAAAGAGAUCCCAGUUUGAAGCUACCAGAAAGUCCCCGUUUUGCUACUUCUACAAUCUUUAUCUUGGGGGGAAUAAACCUUCUUCUGAAAUAUCGAAAAUAGCUUCCCUAUUUUAUUUUUAUGUAAAUGUUUUUUUUUUUUUUAAUUUUAAAUUGACUAAUGGAGGAUUUGAUUAUUAUUAAUAUUUUUUUUAAAUAUAUCAUAAAAAUAUUAACUAUUUUUUUAUAUAAAUAACUGUUUUGUUUAAUAUUUAAAAUAAUUAUGAAUUUUAAAAGAAAACAAUUUCUUAAUAGGAUAUUCAAGGGGACACAAGAUUUCUUCUUCAAUAGUUUUCCCCUCCCCAGAAAAAAAAACAAAAUUGGCUUCCACAAAUGUGCCGGAAAUAUUGUUGGGAAUUCUUUGAACUUUCCUUUGAAAGAAGCCCCUUAAAAUAUAGUUCUUGUCAAAUUAAAAACAGCAGCGAAUAAAGAGAACAUAUAGGUUAAUGGUGGUUGUUUUUUCAUAGGGAACCUCAGAAAGUUCUCCACAAUAUUUUCUCACACAAAACAAAACUCACCUAAUUGAAUGGACACAUAAAACAAUACAAUAAUAUA